AUGGUGCCUUGCCAGACCCACGUGAUGCUGAAGUGGCAGGAGCAUCUGAACAGCUCCUGGGCGGCGGAGGACAGCCAGACCGUUACGCGCCAGGGGGCUGCAGGACUCUACGCCAGGCUGCUACACAAUAAGGAGGUGGUGGGGGUGGCCCAGCCCGUAAUGGUAAAAGAACGUGCUCAACUCUUAUCCUCUUGCAUAUGUGAUUAUAGCCUGAGUGCCAGUCUGUUUGUGCUGUCAUACCAACCCCCCCCCCCCCCCUCUGUCACUCAUUGUCAUGUCAUGUUUGGCUUGAAAAUGACAGCAAUGGAGUAGGCAGGAGCACAGACUGAUCUGGGACCAGUUUCAAUAUAAGGAAGGUGUUCCUAAUGUUUAGUGUACUCGGUGUAUAUUCAAGUAUUUUGAAUAUACUCGGUUGCAAUUGAAGGUUUGUUUUAAUUUCAGGACCUGAUCGGCCCGCGCCUGCCAGACUUCCAGUACGAGUCCAGUGCUGCUGAGGAGAGGGAGGAGUACCUGUCGUCGUUACUCCACAGCCAGCGCUGCCUGGCCCACCGUGUGCUGGCCCGGACCCCCUACGCCCUGGGCCUGCACCACCGCCUCGUGGUCCUCCAGCGGAUCUACUACGCCCUCCACAGCAAGUACCAUGACCGCUUCCGGGCCCCUGCUCCCCCUCAGGCCAUGGCUAGCCAGGACAGCGGGGCCAUGGAGCCUGCCUCGGAGUCCUGGCUGCCUGGAGGAGCGUCCAGAGUUAAAUCAGGGACGGACGUUCUGAUAGAGAUGGGCGUACGGACAGGACUGAGUCUCCUCUUCGCCCUGCUGCAGCAGAACUGGCGGCACGCCCGCGAGGACCCCGGAGUGGCGCUGUGUAACGACGUGUUGGCUACCGCUUCCUCUGUCCUAGCCUCCCUGCCCCCUCUCUCUCUGGCCAACGAGAACAAGAUCCCGGCGGUGGGGUUGGACUGCCUGGCCCAGGUGGCGGACUUCCUGAAGAAGACAUCUGUGAGCUCUGGGAGUGGAGGUGCAGACCGGGCGGGACGCAGGCUGGCUCUGGAGCUGCUGCUGGGCCUGGCUGUGCAGAGGGGCUCCCUGAGAUUUCUGCUGGAGUGGGUGGAGGUGGCCCUGGCUGCCUCUGCUGCCUCCUGUUCCUCUAUAACGUCCUCCUGCUCCAUGGGGUCACAGCAGUUAAAGUCAGAGGGAGGAGUAGGUUAUGAUCUCAUCUAUCAAACUCUUCUUCAAAUGAGACAACACUCGGUACGUACGUUCCCUCACCUUGCCCUUCUUUUUUUCUAUUCAGGCUGUAUCUGUAUCAUCAAUAACAGCAGUGCUCAUGUUCUGCUAUUUAUAUAGAUGAUGGAUGCGUCCCAAAUGGUAUAGGGGCUCAGGUCAAAAGUAGUGUACUAUAUAGGGAAUAGGGUGCCAUUUGGGACACAUACAAUACGUAUAACCCCCUAAAGUCUAAGCCUGGGGUGGGGGGGGGGGUUCUACUAAGCUAUGGAAUUAGUUUACAAUGACCCAAGGAUCAUUUAGCAAUUUGAUUUAGAAUUUUUUAGGUAUAUAUGAAAAGAUGUAUACACUAUCGGUCAAAAGUUUUAGAACACCUACUCAUUCAAGGGUUUUUCUUUAUUUUUUAUUAUUUUCUACAUUGUAGAAUAAUAGUGAAGACAUCAAAACUAUGAAAUAACACAUAUGGACUCAUGUAGUAACCAAAAAAAGUGUUAAACAAAUCAAAAUAAUUUUAUGUUUGAGACUCUUCAAAUAGCCACCCUUUGCCUUGAUGACAGCUUUGCACACGCUUGGCAUUCUCUCAACCAGCUUCACCUGGAAUGCUUUUCCAACAGUCUUGAAGGAGUUCCCACAUAUGCUGAGCACUUGUUGGCUGCUUUUCCUUCACUCUGCGGUCCGACUCAUCCCAAACCAUCUCAAUUUGGUUGAGGUCGGGAGAUUGUGGAGGCCAGGUCAUCUGAUGCAGCGCUCCAUCACUCUCCUUCUUGGUAAAAUAGCCCUUACACAGCCUGGAGGUGUUUUGGAUCAUUGUCCUGUUGAAAAACAAAUGAUAGUCCCACUAAGCCCAAACCAGAUGGGAUGGAGUAUCACUGCAGAAUGAUGUGGUAGCCAUGCUGGUUAAGUGUGCCUUGAAUUCUAAAUAAAUCACAGACAGUAUCACCAGCAAAUCACCCCCACACCAUAACACCUCCUCCUCCGUGCUUUAUGGUGGGAAUACACAUGCAGAGAUCAUCCGUUCACCCACACCACGUCUCACAAAGACACGGCAGUUGGAAUCAAAAAUCUCCAAUUUGGACUCCAGACCAAAGGACAAAUGUCCACCUGUCUAAUGUCCAUUGCUCUUCUUUCUUGGCCCAAGCAAGUCUCUUCUUCUUAUUGGUGUCCUUUAGUAGUAGUUCUUUGCAGCAAUUCGACCAUGAAGGCCUGAUUCACACAGUCUCCUCUGAAAAGUUUGAUGUUGAGAUGUGUCUGUUACUUUGGGCUGCAAUUUCUGAGGCUGGUAACUCUAAUGAACUUAUCUUCUGCAGCAGAGGUAACUCUGGGUCUUCCAUUCCUGUGGCGGUCCUCAUGAGAGCCAGUUUCAUCAUAGCACUUGAUGGUUUUUGCGACUGCACUUGAAGAAACUUUCAAAGUUCUUGAAAUGUUCCGUAUUGACUGACCUUCAUGUCUUAAAGUAAUGAUGGACUGUCGUUUCUCUUUACUUAUUUGAGCUGUUCUUGCCAUAAUAUGGAUUUGGUAUUUUACCAAAUAGGGCUAUCUUCUGUAUACCCCCCCCACCUUGUCACAACACAACUGAUUGGCUCAAACGCAUUAAGAAGGAAAUAAAUUCUGACUGACUUUUAAGGCACACCUGUUCGUUGAAAUGCAUUCCAGGUGACUACCUCAUGAAGCUUGUUGAGAGAAUGCCAAGAGUGUGCAAAGGGUGGCUAUUUGAAGAAUCUCAAAUAUAAAAUAUAUUUUGAUUUGUUUAACACUUUUUUUGAUUACUACAUGGUUCCAUAUGGUUCCAUAUGUGAUAUGUGAUUCUACAUGAUUCCAUAUGUGUUAUUUCAUAGUUUUGAUGUCUUCACUAUUAUUCUACAAUGUAGAAAAUAGUAAAAAUAAAGAAAAACCCUUGAAUGCGUAGGUGUUCUAAAACUUUUGACUGGUAGUGUAUAUAAUAAUUUGAUAAAACAUUAAAUUUUGGCAUACUGCUAUUAGCCCAUAGAAACACAUUGAAAAACAGAUUCAUAGAUGGAAAAACAGAUUGUCAAAAUUAAAUCAAAAGGAGGUUUGCGUUGAAGUGUCUCUCCUAUACCUGAAUGAUAUCAGGAAAUGAUUUAUAUACAGUGCUUUCAGAAGGUAUUUAGACCCCUUGACUUUUUCCACAUUUUGUUAUGUUACAGCCUUAUUCUAAAAUGGAUUAAAUAAAAUAAUAUCCUCAUCAAUCUACAAACAAUAGCCCAUAAUGACAAAGCAAAAACAGGUUUUUAGAAAUUUUAGCAAAUUUAUUAAAAAAUAUAAAUAUAAAUAUUCAGACCCUUUGCUAUGAGACUCGAAAUUGAGCUCAGCUGCAUCCUGUUUCCAUUGAUCAUCCUUGAGAUGUUUCUAUAACUAACUAGAUUGGAGUCCACCUGUGGUAAAUUCAAUUGAUUGGACAUGAUUUGGAAAGGCACACACCUGUCUGUAAAAACCAAGCCAUGAAGUCGAAGGAAUUGUCAGUUGAGCUCCGAGACAGGAUUGUGUCUUGUCACAGAUCUGGGGAAGGGUACCAAAACAUUUCUGCAGCUUUGAACACAGUGGCCUCCAUUAUUCUUAAAUGGAAGAAGUUUGGAACUACCAAGACUCUUCCUAGAGCUGGCCGCCCAGCCAAACUGAGCAAUCGUGGGAGAACGGCCUUGGUCAGGAAGGUGACCAAGAACCCGAUGGUCACUCUGACAGAGCUCCAGAGUUCCUCUGUGGAGAUAACUUUCCAGAAGGACAACCAUCUCUGCAGCACUCCACCAAUCAGGCCUUUGUGGUAGAGUGGCCAGACGGAAGCCGUUCCUCAGUAAAAGGCACAUGACAGCCCGCUUGGAGUUUGCCAAAACGCACCUAAAGGACUCUCAGGCCAUGAGAAACAAGAUUCUCUGGUCUGAUGAAACCAAGAUUGAACUCUUUGGCCUGAAUGCCAAACGUCACGUCUGGAGGACACCUGGGCAACCCAUUCCCUUACGGUGAAGCAUCUGCUGUAGGGAUGUUUUUUCAGCGCAGGGACUGGGAACUAGUCAGAUCGGGGAAAAUGCAAGUACAGAUGAUCCUUGAUGAAACCUGCUCCAGAACUAGACCUCAGAUCAGGCAAGGUUCACCUCCUACAGGACAACGACCCUAGAACCCGCCAUUGCACUUGGGACAAUCUCUGUAGUGGCCAGCCACCCCUUGAACCCGAUUGACUGUCUGGAGAGACAGUGACGCUCAGCCACGCCCCCAUCCAACCUGACAGAGCUUGAGAGGAUCUGCAGAGAAGAAUGGAGAAACUCCCCAAUACAGGUGUGCCAAGCUUGUGGCGUCAUACCCAAGAAGACUCGAGGCUGUAAUCGCUGCCAAAUAUGCUUCAACAAAGUACUGAGUAAAGGGUCUGAAUACUUAUGUAAAUGUGAUAUUGAAUUUUUUUAUUUUUAGUACAUUUGUAAGAAUCUAAAACCUGUUAUUGCUUUGCCAUUAUGGGGUAUUGUGUGUAGAUUGAUUAAGGAAAAAACGAUUUAAUCCAUUUUAGAAUAAGGCUGUAACGGAACAAAACAUGGAAAUAGUCAAGGGGUCUCAAUACUUCCCGAAUGCACUGUUUUUUUUACUCAUAUUUAACCCCUUUUUUUAGGCACUAAACUACUUCCAUAUGAGUGUACAAAACAUUAGAUUUAACAAGUGGCAUCAAUAAGGGAUCAUAGCUUUCACCUGGAUUCACCUGGUCAGUCUGUCAUGGAAAGAGCAGGUGUUCUUAAUGUUUUGUCCCCUCUGUGUGUGUAUUGUGGAGGGUGUUGUGCAGCGGGUGGCAGCAUAACAUUUCUCCUCGUUUUUAAUAAUAAUAUGCCAUUUAGCAGACGCUUUUAUCCAAAGCGACUUACAGUUUUAAAUCAUAUUAACUUUUUUCAUUUGACUGUGUUUCCUGGCCUGAUGCCUGGAGCUAAAAGCCUGGUCUAUUCCUCAGUGUGGUGGUGCUGCCUUGACUGUCCACUUGAUUUACUAGUCACUUAAUCAAUAGGAAAUGUUCCACCAGAAAGCUUUUAUGUUCUGGGUGAUAAAGAACUCCACCAGUGAUUUUUCAAGUGGAUCUUGAAAUGUAGAUGGAUAUGACAGGGUGGUAGAUGUCCCAACGGACUGGUAUUGAGAUAUUAUUUAUGUGGUAUUGUUUUAUUGUCUUCCCAACAGACUGGUAUUGCGAUAAAAAUAAUGUGGUAUUGUUUUAUUGUCUUCCAAAACAGACUGGUAUUGAGAUUAUUUCAGUGGUAUUGUUUUAUGGUCUUCCCAACAGACUGGUAUUGAGAUAUUAUUUCAGUGGUAUUGUUUUACUGUCUUUUAUAUAAUUGGCAGAAGGAUAUGAGAAGUGGUAACUGAAGGAUGUCAGUUGUGAACUGUUAAGGCUUCGUUUUGUAGUAAAACAGUACCUGUACCUCUUUUUCAUGGUCCUUCGAGCUGAAUGGGAUCAAUCUUCCUUGAACACUACCCUCUAAUGUUCUGUAAUUGUCCUUGAACGCUACCCUCUAAUGUUCUGUAAUUGUCCUGGAACAGUAGCCUCUAAUGUUCUGUAAUUGUCCUUGAACGCUACCCUCUAAUGUUCUGUUAUUGUCCUUGAACACUACCUUCUAAUGUUCUGUUAAUGUCCUUGAACACUACCUUCUAAUGUUCUGUUAAUGUCCUUGAACACUACCUUCUAAUGUUCUGUUUUAAUUCCCUCAGGGUUUCCGUGGAGACCCUCUCAAUACUCAGGCCCUGAAGAAGGAUGCCGAUGGACUCUGCAGUCUCUCCCACGUUGCUCUCUGCCUGUUUGAAGAGGUUGGUUGGACUAAAGCAAUUAGGAAUAUCUGUGUUUUCUAGGUCUGGAUCUGAAUGAUGACUGACAGCGUAAAGCUAUGGCAGCACUGUAUUCAAAACGGUUCAAUAAACUUAAUUCAUCCCCCGAGGGGUUAUUAUUUCUGUCAGGUAUACUGUAGGAUACGGCUCAAAAGACAAACAUACAGUAACACUUACUAAAUAUUUUACAUCAAGCAAGACAGACUGUUUAUCUGUGUUUUUUCUAGUUUACCAUUGACAGAUUAAAGACACUGCAGCACUUUAUGUAAAUGUCCUUCCUUUCCCCAUCAGAUCUGUAACCUGGCGUCCAACUGCCUGUGUUCGUGCAGCGCUGGCUCAGCCACCCCUGGUGGAGUGGAGAACGAUGCGGUCAUGGUGUAUGUGUGGGGCAGCAACAGCUCUCACCAGCUGGCUGAGGGCACCUUGGAGAAGAUCCUACAGCCCAAACUGGCGCAGGGCUUCAGCGACGCUCAAAUGGUACGCUACGACCCAUGUCUAGCCUCAUUCACACUGUAGGGCCAAAUAACACCCAAACCAAGCCGAGCUGUACUGGGCCUGGUGCCUGGUUACGCAUCCACCAUAGUUGCUGGAACUUUGCUGGAAAGGAAAAAUGAAAAAUAUUUGAGCCUGCUCCGUACGGUUCAGGUGGGCCCUCUAGUGUGAAUCAGGCAUCUGUCUGACAUAGUGGGCUGAAAUCUGUUCUGUCAGCUCAGAGUCGUAGUAUACACUUGCCAAGCGUAUAUUAAAAACACAGCUUCCUCUGUCUCCUUGAUCAGCUCACGGAAACAGGACAAUAAGUUGAUUACUUGCAGCUAAAAUGCAUUUGAAUGAAUCAGAAAUAAUGCCAUAAAUGUCAUGUCCAGUUUGAGAUGAUCAGUUCUGUUGAAUGACAUGUUUUCUCUUUCAACUUCUUCUUUCCUCCUUUCUAGAUUGAAGCGGGCCAGUACUGCACGUUCUCUGUGUCUGCGGAUGGCUCAGUGAAGGCUUGUGGGAAGGGCAGCUAUGGGCGGCUGGGUCUGGGGGACUCCAACAACCAGUCCAUGCCCAAGAAGCUCGUCCUGGAGCCCCCGAGGAACAUGCGCAAGGUAAAAGACUCACCACAACGUUGGCCCUGUUGGGUGUUGAUGAACUCUGGAGAUUCAACAUGUAGAAUCGUUGGGAAAUGUACAGAACGUGACAGUCGACGUUCUGUGGUCAGAGGCGAUAGGCCACCUGCUGAUUUCUGAAGUGUUUUGUUCUUUAGGUUUCCUCGUCCAAGGGCUCUGAUGGCCACACCCUGGCUGUCACGGGGGAGGGAGAGGUCUUCAGCUGGGGCGACGGAGACUAUGGGAAGCUGGGACAUGGAAACAGUGCCACUCAGAAAUACCCCAAGAUAAUACAAGGACCUCUGCUGGGCAAAGUAAGCCUGCGGUGGAGACUGACCCGUGCUCAUUGUGUGUUAGGGUUGAAGUAGCCUCGUGGUACAAGAUGUUCCCACGGGGGGGCAGUAUAAAAAAUAUGUAUUCACUAACUGUAAGUCGCUCUGGAUAAGAGCGUCUGCUAAAUGACUAAAAUGUAAAUGUAAAUGUCACAACGUAGUUUCGUUUGAGAAUCAGCUUGAAUCGGUUUUCUGGAAACGAGGCUAGGAUGAAAGCAUGCAUUUUUAUUGAAUACCCAAAAAGAAAACUACUGCCCACUUUUCAUAUGAUUCCUCAAUGUUUUCUACUUUCAGGUUGUGGUGUGUGUGUCUGCUGGCUACAGACACAGUGCUGCUGUAACCAACGAUGGAGAGCUGUACACCUGGGGAGAAGGGGACUUCGGCAGACUGGGUAGAGUUCCUUUUCUUUUCAUUUCAAACCUCCACUCAAAAGAACAAACAUUGUAUGGAAUUGACACAGCAAGCCAAUUAAAUAACAUCAUCAUUCGACAGACAGAGUGACUUUCAGUGACUUCUAGAUGUAUUGGAAAACUGCUUUAGAAAUUAAAUGUAUGAUUAUAAUUAUCAGACAAGUAAAAGGGAUGAUGAACGAUGACGAUCUCCCUCCCUGUCACCAGGCCACAGUGACAGCCACAGUCAUUACGAUCUUUCUCUGUAUCUCCAGGCCACAGUGACAGCCAUAGUCGUAACGUGCCUACGCUGGUGAAGGACAUCAGUGGCGUGGGUCAGGCGGCCUGUGGUAGUUCUCACACCAUGGCUGUGGCUCAGGACGGACGCAUGGUGUGGUCUUUCGGAGGGGGAGAUAACGGUAUGAUACAGAGAUGAUAAUGUCCUUCUGAGGGGGAGAUAACGGUAUGAUACAGAGAUGAUAAUGUCCUUCUGAGGGGGAGAUAACGGUUUGGUACAGAGAUGAUAAUGUCCUUCUGAGGGGGAGAUAACGGUUUGGUACAGAGAUGAUAAUGUCCUUCUGAGGGGGAGAUAAUGGUUUGGUACAGAGAUGAUAAUGUCCUUCUGAGGGGGAGAUAACGGUAUGAUACAGAGAUGAUAAUGUCCUUCUGAGGGGGAGAUAACGGUUUGGUACAGAGAUGAUAAUGUCCUUCUGAGGGGGAUAUAACGGUUUUGGGACAGAGAUGAUAAUGUCCUUCUGAGGGGGAGAUAACGGUAUGAUACAGAGAUGAUAAUGUCCUUCUGAGGGGGAAUAACGGUUUAGUACGAGAUGAUAAUGUCCUUCUGAGGGGGAAUAACGGUAUGAUACAAGAGAUAUAAUGUCCUUCUGAGGGGGAGAUAACGGUAUGAUACAGAGAUGAUAAUGUCCUUCUGAGGGGGAAUAACGUUGAUUAAGAUAGAAUGUCCUCUGAGGGGGAUAACGGUUUGGUACCCGAGAUGAUAAAGUCCUUCUGAGGGGAAGAUCAACGGUAUGAGACAAGAUGAUAAUGUCUUCUGAGGGGGAGAUAACGGUUUGGUACAGAGAUGAUAAGUCCUUCGGGGGGGAUAACGGUAUCAUACAGAGAUGAUAAUGUCCUCUAGGAUACAGAGAUGAUAAUGUCCCUGGGCUGGUCCACUCACUUAUACAGUAUAUGACAUUUCACUUAAUCUCUCCUCUAAAUACCAGACACUAACAGAACACCUUAUUAAAAUACUCAUAUUUUAUUUAACCUUUAUUUAACUCUUAACAUGCAUUCUUCCUUCCUCCAUUCCACACUGAUCCGUCUGUCUGUUACAGUAGCUAUGGUCAUGGUUAGUCUGGGCGCCAAACAACAAUGGCAUUGGAGUAGGCAAAAGCACAAACUGAUCUGGGACCAGGCUACCACGUGGUUCAGUAUGUCUGAUUUUGCUGUGUUUGUGUGGCAGGUAAACUGGGUCAUGGGGACACUAACCGUGUGUACCGGCCCAAGGUGAUCGAAGCACUGCAUGGGUUCAUCAUCAGGAAGGUGUGUGCUGGGAGCCAGUCAUCUCUGGCUCUGACCUCUGCUGGACAGGUACGGUACUGUAACAUACAUACAUACAUACAGUGGGGAGAACAAGUAUUUGAUACACUGCCGAUUUUGCAGGUUUUCCUACUUACAAAGCAUGUAGAGGUCUGUCAUUUUUAUCAUAGGUACACUUCAACUGUGAGAGACGGAAUCUAAAACAAAAAUCCAGAAAAUCACAUUGUAUAGUAAUUGUUAAGUAAUUAAUUUGCAUUUUAUUACAUGACAUAAGUAUUUGAUCACCUACCAACCAGUAAGAAUUCCGGCUCUCACAGACCUGUUAGUUUUUCUUUAAGAAGCCCUCCUGUUCUCCACUCAUUACCUGUAUUAACUGCACCUGUUUGAACUCGUUACCUGUAUAAAAGACACCUGUCCACACACUCAAUCAAAGACUCCAACCUCUCCACAAUGGCCAAGACCAGAGAGCUGUGUAAGGACAUCAGGGAUAAAAUUGUAGACCAGCACAAGGCUGGGAUGGGCUACAGGACAAUAGGCAAACAGCUUGGUGAGAAGGCAACAACUGUUGGCGCAAUUAUUAGAAAAUGGAAGAAGUUCAAGAUGACGGUCAAUCACCCUCGGUCUGGGGCUCAAUGCAAGAUCUCACCUCAUGGGGCAUCAAUGAUCAUGAGGAAGGUGAGGGAUCAGCCCAGAACUACACUGCAGGACCUGGUCAAUGACCUGAAGAGAGCUGGGACCACAGUUUCAAAGAAAACCAUUAGUAACACACUACGCCGUCAUGGAUUAAAAUCUUGCAGUGUACGCAAGGUCCCCCUGCUCAUGCCAGCGCAUGUACAGGCCCGUCUGAAGUUUGCCAAUGACCAUCUGGAUGAUCCAGAGGAGGAAUGGGAGAAGGUCAUGUGGUCUGAUGAGACAAAAAUAUAGCUUUUUGGUCUAAACUCCACUCACCGUGUUUGGGGGAAGAAGAAGGAUGAGUACAACCCCAAGAACACCAUCCCAACUGUGAAGCAUGGAGGUGGAAACAUCAUUCUUUGGGGAUGCUUUUCUGCAAAGGGGACAGGACGACUGCACCGUAUUGAGGGGAGGAUGGAUGGGGCCAUGUAUCGCGAGAUCUUGGCCAACAACCUCCUUCCCUCAGUAAGAGCAUUGAAGAUGGGUCGUGGCUGGUUCUUCCAGCAUGACAACGACCCGAAACACACAGCCAGGGCAACUAAGGAGUGGCUCCGUAAGAAGCAUCUCAAGGUCCUGGAGUGGCCUAGCCAGUCUCCAGACCUGAACCCAAUAGAAAAUCUUUGGAGGGAGCUGAAAGUCCGUAUUGCCCAGCGACAGCCCCGAAACCUGAAGGAUCUGGAGAAGGUCUGUAUGGAGGAGUGGGCCAAAAUCCCUGCUGCAGUGUGUGCAAACCUGGUCAAGACCUACAGGAAACAUAUGAUCUCUGUAAUUGCAAACAAAGGUUUCUGUACCAAAUAUUAAGUUCUGCUUUUCUGAUGUAUCAAAUAAUUAUGUCAUGCAAUAAAAUGCAAAUGAAUUACUUAAAAAUCAUACAAUGUGAUUUUCUGGAUUUUUGUCUCUCACAGUUGAAGUGUACCUAUGAUAAAAAUUACAGACCUCUACAUGCUUUGUAAGUAGGAAAACCUGCAAAAUCGGCAGUGUAUCAAACAUUUGUUCUCCCCACUGUACAUACACACACACACACACACACUAGUUCAAGUGUUCUGAACAUGUUAUUACUGCUUAUCCUGCUACAGUAUGUCAGCUUUAAACCAGCUAAAUAAACACCGCACUAUGUCAAAUACGAACAUGCAUUUGACAUGAACACAUUCUGUCUUUAUUUUCUCAUGCAAAAUCACAGCUAAAGGCCUCGUGGUCAGUUCGUCUACUGUUCCUGAACCCUGAUCUCAUUGUUCCUCCUCCUGUCCCUCUCAGGUAUUUGCGUGGGGCUGUGGUUCGUGUUUGGGCUGCGGCUCCUCUGAAACCACGUCUCUGAGACCCAGGUUCAUCGAAGAGCUCAGUGUGACCAAGAUUAUUGAUAUCUCCUGUGGGGACAGCCACUGUCUGGCUCUGUCCCAUGGUGAGAGACGUAACAGAUGGUCGUGUUUUGUAAAAAGUUCUUCAUGGGUCUACAGUGACGCUGUACAAUGACAGCACUAAAUCAGAUUUAGAUUUAGCCCACUAUCCAGCCUCUUCGUCAUAAGGAUCCAGUAAAUAGAGACAUAGCAUGUUAUAAACUUUAUUAUAACACAUUGUAAAGCCUCAUAACAUAAAGUGUUACCAAAACGCAUUACUUUUUUCGGAUACUUGUAUUAACAUGAAGUUGACUUGAAGACGUUGAAAAACAUUAUUCUAUUCCCCUUCCUCCUGUUAGAAAAUGAGGUGUAUGCGUGGGGGAACAAUGCCAUGGGGCAGUGUGGGCAGGGCCACACCUCCACACCUGUCACCAAGCCGAAGAAAGUGAUUGGUCUAGAGGGAGUGUCAAUUCAGCAGAUCACCGCUGGCACCUCCCACAGCCUGGCCUGGACAGCUGUCCCCACUGACAGGUAUGAAGGAGGACCUCAUGGUCUUGUUCAUUUGGACAAGUUCAAAUGGUACCUCCCUGCUUCACCGUUCUCUUCCAGUGGUGCCUCCUGAACACUACCCAGAAAGAGUAACCGUUUGAAUUGAAAACAGUCAAGCUAGCCAUCUGUAUUCAAAGCCACAUCUAUCCUUGUUUGAUGGAUGAAAAAACAUAACAUAUUUUCCGUCUGACAGCUAUUUGUCCUCUUGUCUCUGUGUUCUUCUGAUCUCAUCUUGGAGCUCAUGCAUUGCAUUAUUCAUUGAUGUGUUUAUAAAAUGAGUUAUUCCUGGGCUGGACAGGCAGGUUGUUUGUUUCAUUAUUUAUUUCCUUAUUGAAUUCUUUAUUUCCUCCUGGUCUGGACAGGCAGUUGGUGGCAUGGCACAGACCGUUCUGUGUGGACCUGGAGGAGAGCACUUUUACCUACCUACGCAGCUUCCUGGAGAGAUACUGUGACGGGAUAGGAGGAGACAUGCCCCCUGCACCCUUCCCCUCCAAGAGGUAAACCAACAUGCCCCCUUCACCCUUCCCCUCCAAGAGGUAAACCAAUAUGCCCCCUGCACCCUCCAAGAGGUAAACCAAUAUGCCCCUGCACCCUCCAAGAGGUAAACCAACAUUCCCCCUUCACCCUUCCCCUCCAAGAGGUAAACCAACAUGCCCCCUUCCCCUCCAAGAGGUAAACCAACAUGCCCCCUGCACCCUUCCCCUCCAAGAGGUAAACCAAUAUGCCCCCUGCACCCUUCAAGAGGUAAACCAAUAUGCCCCCUGCACCCUCCAAGAGGUAAACCAACAUGCCCCUUCAACCAUACUUCUUCACAAGAGGGUAAACCAACAUUCCCCUUCACCCUUCCCUCCAAGAGAUGGGGAGAGGUAAAACCAAACAGGCCCCCGGCCCCCGCCAACGAGGGGACAAAGACCAACAUUUGCACCCCACCCCUUGCACCCUGUCCCUCCAAGAGGUAAACCAAUAUGCCCCUCCUGCCCACCCCUCAAAGAGGUGCAUGCGGAAAGCUUCACUUCUUAAACCAAUAUGCCCCUGCACCCUCCAAGAGGUAAACCAACAUGCCCCCUGCAACCCUUCCCCUCCAAGAGUAAACCAAUAUGCCCCCUGCACCCUUCAAAGGUAAACCAAUAUGCCCCCUGCACCCUUUUUUACAGAGGUUGGUAUGAUCUAUUAAAAAAAUAAAUGAAAAAUGAAAACAUUUAAAAAUAAAAGGAGGCUUUGUAAAAAAAAGUCAAUUUAGUAAUUUGCCAAAAAAUGAACAAUUCCAAGACGGAAAAAAAUAGAACCAAUGCAACAUACACACCAAGAGGUAAAACAAAUGUAAGUGCCACAGUGAAACAUUUCCCCUUAAAGAGGCUAUAAACCAAUUAUGCCCCCGCCAACCCUGUCUUCUCCAAGAGAACGGUUACGGGGUAGAGGGUAAACCCAACAAUUUUGCACCCCCUGCACCCUUGUCCCCUCCAAGAGGUUAAACAAGAUGCCCCCUGCACCCCUCACAAGAGGGAUAAACCAAACAUGCCCCCUGCACCCUUCCCCUCCCAGAGGUAAAACCCAAUAUUGCCCCCCCCCCCCCAUCGCGCUGCACACCUCCCCUGCCCCCUGCUGCACCCUUCAAGAGGGUGUAAACCAAACUGCCCACCCCACUGCACCAUACAAGAGGUUUUGGUAAGGGUGUAAACCAAGUUAUUUGAAACCUUCACCCUUCCCCCUCCUUCAAGAGUAUUAAACCCAAUAUGCCCCCCUGCACCCUCCCAGAAGGUAAACCAAUAUGCCCCCUUCACCCUUCCCCUUCAAGAGGGUUUAACCCACUAUUGCCCCGGCACCAUUCCCCUCCAAGAGGUUUGGUAAGGUAAAAACAUUAUUCACCUGACCUCAACCAGAGGGCGGUAGUUAAAUUAAACAAAUGCCCCCUUCACCCUUCUGGGAAAAAGGAAAGGGGUUAAAAAAAAAGACGGAAAAAAAGGAAACACGGACAAGGUUCAAGAGGUGUUUUAUAAAUUUAUAAUUUGUUAGGUUUGGUUUUAAUUGUUAUAAACCAAUAUGCCCCCCUGCACCGUACCCUCCAAGAGGGUUAAAACCAACAUGCCCACCCUUCCCCCUCCCAGAGGUGGUAUAGUAAACCAACAUGGCCCCCUGCCACCCUUCCCUCCAAGAGGUAAAACCAAAACAUGCCCUUUCCCUCCAAGAGGUUAACCAACAUGCCCCCUCACCGCUUCCCUCCAAGAGGUGAAACCAACAGCCCCUGCAUCUUCCCUCAAAGAGGUAAACCAAAACAAUUCUCACUCUUCUCUCUCACUCCUCGCUCCCUCAAGAACGAAACAGAGAAGAAAGAGCGAAAGAAAAUAAAAAAGAGGAAAGGAGAGAAAGAAAGAAAGGAGAGAAAGAGAGAAAGAAAGAAGAGAGAAAAGAGAGAGAAAGGGGAAAGAGAAACAAGAAGAGGCAGAAGAGAGAAAAAAGAGAAAGAAAGGAACAGAAAAAGAAAGACAGAGAGGAAAGCGAGAAGAAAUAAAGAAGGAAAAAACGAGAAAAAAGAAAGAAGGAGGAUAAGGGAAAGAAGGAGAAAGAGAGAAAGUAGCGAAGAAGAAAGCGAGGGAAAAAGAGAGGAGGAGAGAAAUCGCAGAAAAGAAAGAAAAGAAAGAGAAAAGAGAAAAGAGAGAAAGAGAGAAAGAGAGAAAGACAGAGAAAGAAAGGAAAGAGAGAAGAGAGAAAGGAAAGAAAGAAAGCGAGGAGCAAAGAAAGAAAGAGAAAGAAAGGAAACCAAAAAGAGCAAGCAAGAAAACGAAAGAAAGAAAAAGAAAGUAAAGCAAGAAAGAAAAGAACGAAAGAAAGAAAGAAACGCAAAAAGAACUGAUUCAGCAAGAGAGACGAAAGGAGAGCAAUGAGAGACAAGGGAGAAAGACAGAAAGAGGCGACAGUCACGAAGAGCUGCACAGACUCAAAGAAGCAGAUCGCACGAAAGCGAGCCCGAAAGAGCUCACGGCGAGCUCGCUCCCUGCCCUCUAUUAAAGGGAAAGGGGCACAGGUCUAGAGGACAUUGCAGUGAAGAGGGAGGACAGAUGGCCGAAGCGAAGGACAGGGAGGCAGUGACGGAGAGAAUAAAGCAUAUAGCCGCGGCAGCGGAGAGAGCAGGGAGGGGAGGCGAGAGACGAGAGGCCAACCCUGAGAGCGAAGAGAGAAGAGAGGGCGCCGGCGAGGAGACGAGCGCGAGAAGCGAGAACGCGGGAGAAGAGAGGAGCGAGAGCCGAGCGCGAGAGAGCGUAAAGAAGAGAGAGAAUGAGCGAAAAGUAGGGUGUAGAGACGGAGAGAGAUGAAGACCGGCUUAGCGAGAGAGGGUCGAGAGAGAGAGAGAAAGAUAAGAGAGGCAGAGAUAGAGAGAAAAGAGGUAGGAGAUAGAGAGAGAGGAGAGGAGAGGAGAGAAGAAGAGAGAGCAGUAAGAGGAGAGAGAGAGGAAAAGAGGGAGGAGAGAGAGAAGGAAGAGAGAUGAGAGAGAAGAGAGAGAAAAGAGUGGUGAGAAGAGAGAAUAGAGAGUAGAAGAAUAGAGAGAUAGAGAGAUAGAGAUGAGAAUGAGAGAAGAGUGGCUAUAGAAAUCUAUAUAGAAGACAAGAUUGGAAAAAGAUGAAUAGAUGAGAGAGAUAUAAUAUAGAGAUGAGAGAGGAUAGAUAUGAGAUAGAGAUAGAGAUUUAGGAGAGUAGAGCGAGAUAGUUAAUAUAUAUAUAUAAUAUAUAUAUAAGGGAAGAGAGAAAGAAAGGCACAAAAAGAGAAGCGUAGAGGAAAAGGCAGAAGAUAGCAUAGACAGGCAAGCCACACAGUUUGUUUUGCUGUGUAUGAAGCUGCUGUCCAUCCACCUCUCUCUAGCCCACGCUGGGGGCACAGGGGCCACAGUACUAGGGGCCCAAGGGAGGCCCCUCCGAAACCUGCUCUUCAGGCUCAUAGACUCCAGUGUACCUGAAUCCAUACAACAGGUACAGCAAACACGAUUGAUGUCACCAUAUCAAGCAUACCUUAAUAAAGACACCUUAGCUAGAUUUGUGAAAGAAGUAACUAAAAUGGUAGUAAUUAUAAUAACCUUUCCACUAGACUCAUUAGAACUACUAAUGCAAUUGUUUGCAGGCAUUCAUUUUGUGUCUGAAUGCAGGGUCUACUAUUUUCUGUUAUAUUUAUCCCCAGAGGUCCUCAGACAGUGCUGAACUAUCACUAAGUUGUGUGUGUGUGUGUGUGUGGUGUGUGUGUGUGUGUGUGUGUGUGUGUGUGUGUCCGCGCUCUCCCCAGGCGGUGAUGAACACUCUGUCCAUCGGAGCGUCUCUGCUGUUGCCCCCCCUCAGGGAGAGAACGGAACUGCUCCACUCACUGCUACCUCAGGGCCCAGAGAGCUGGGAGGGCCUCUCUAAAGGACAGGUAACUAAACAAACCUAGCCUAGCCUGCUGCUACCUCAGGGCCCAGAGAGCUGGGAGAGCCUCUCUAAAGGACAGGUAACUAAACAAACCUAGCCUAGCCUGCUGCUACCUCAGGGCCCAGAGAGCUGGGAGGGCCUCUCUAAAGGACAGGUAACUAAACAAACUACACCUAGCCUAAUACUUCAUGUCCUCUCUCCCUCUCCCCCCCCAGCGUCUGCAGUUGGACAUGGUUCUGAACAGCCUCCAGGAGCAGUCCCACGUGGCCUCCCUGCUGGGGUACUCCUCUCCUGGGGAGCUGACUGCUGGGCCUCCCCUGGCCCUGACCUCCAGCCCUGACCGGCCCAGUCCCAACCCAGAGGCCCUCCACGACCACCUCCACCUGGCUGAGAUGCUGCUUAAGACCCUGAUGCUCAGCAUUGGAUUCUACACGGUACGGCUGGCAGGGAGGGGGUUAUAUACUGUAUUAACACAUGAAACCUUGGUUGUGAGAUUGAUUCAAUUGUUUGUUGACCAUCACAAGUAUGCUGGAGUUUUCCCCUUUUUUAUGAAUGUUUAUUUUCUCCAUACACCUGGAAACAUGAUAGGUGUGCCUAAAAACAAAAAAACACCAUGUCUCCACCUUCUCAUCUUAACAUAAUGUGUCAGCAAAAGUGUAAUACGUGGUUGUAACUGGAGCUAGCUAAUAAUGCGUGCCCUGCAGGAGAGGGCGUUUGGUGAGCUGGAGAAGAACAGUGACAAGCAGCAGUCCAGCCGGUCCCAGAGACAGACAGAACCUCCCUCUCACUUCCACCACCUCCUGUCAGCCCUGCACAAACACCUGCUGGCCCAUUGUUACAGCUAUACCAACACAGAGGUACUGGUCCAUUGUUACAGCUAUACCAACACAGAGGUACUGGUCCAUUGUUACAGCUAUACCAACACAGUGGUACUGGUCCAUUGUUACAGCUAUACCAACACAGAGGUACUGGUCCAUUGUUACAGCUAUACCAACACAGAAGUACUGGUCCAUUGUUACAGCUAUACCAACACAGAGGUACUGGUCCAUGUUACAGCUAUACCAACACAGAGGUACUGGUCCAUUGUUACAGCUAUACCAACACAGAGGUACUGGUCCAUUGUUACAGCUAUACCAACACAGAGGUACUGGUCCAUUGUUACAGCUAUACCAACACAGAGGUACUGGUCCAUUGUUACAGCUAUACCAACACAGUGGUACUGUCCAUUGUUACAGCCAUACCAACACAGUGGUACUGGUCCAUUGUUACAGCUAUACCAACACAGAGGUACUGGUCCAUUGUUACAGCUAUACCAACACAGAGGUACUGGUCCAUUGUUUACAAGCUAUACCAACACAGAGGUACUGGUCCAUUGUUACAGCUAUACCAAACACAGAGGGUACUGGUCCAUUGUUACAGCUAUACCAACACAGAGGUACUGGUCCAUUGUUACAGCUUACCAACACAGAGGUACUGGUCAUUGUUACAGUCUAUACCAAACACAGAGGUACUGGUCCAUUGUUACAGCUAUACCAACACAGAGGUAUGGUCCAUUGUUACAGCUAUACAACACAGUGGUACUGUUCCAUGUUACAGCCCAUACCAACACAUGGUACUGGUCCAUUGUUACAGCUAUACCAACACAGAGGUACUGGUCCAUUGUUACAGCUAUACCAACACAGUGGUACUGGUCCAUUGUUACAGCUAUACCAACACAGAGGUACUGGUCCAUUGUUACAGCUACACCAACACAGAGGUACUGGUCCAUUGUUACAGCUAUACCAACACAGUGGUACUGGUCCAUUGUUACAGCUAUACCAACACAGAGGUACUGGUCCAUUGUUACAGCUAUACCAACACAGAGGUACUGGUCCAUUGUUACAGCUAUACCAACACAGAGGUACUGGUCCAUUGUUACAGCUAUACCAACACAGAGGUACUGGUCCAUUGUUACAGCUAUACCAACACAGUGGUACUGGUCCAUUGUUACAGCUAUACCAACACAGAGGUACUGGUCCAUUGUUACAGCUAUACCAACACAGAGGUACUGGUCCAUUGUUACAGCUAUACCAACACAGAGGUACUGGUCCAUUGUUACAGCUAUACCAACACAGAGGUACUGGUCCAUUGUUACAGCUAUACCAACACAGAGGUACUGGUCCAUUGUUACAGCUAUACCAACACAGUGGAACUGUAACACACAUUAUACUUACCUACUACUAUACAUGGUUAGAUUUUUCUUUAGUUUGACAUUCUACAGAUUUAGCGUGAGAGACGUUGUUGCUGUAUCGUGGUGCCAUCUUGGAAAAGUGGCAUAGUUAUAUAAUAUAUUAUUGUAUUAUAAAAAGAGUGUGCGAGGUGCUGUGAGGCACUCAAUUCCUUAUUCCGCCUAUCUACCCCUUCUAGGAUGACAGCAGUGUGAUGUUGCUCCACAAACACCUAUGCCUGCUGCUGCCCUACACUGCCGAGACCUUCAGGAGGUCCACCGUCUUACUGGAGGAGAGCUCUCUGGACAAGCACGUCAUCCACAAGCUACACAGUAAGACAACGAUGCUUUAUCCUGCGAUGUCUUUUAUGCACAAAUCAUCACCGGUAUAGGCCUACACUACACUUAUACAUCUGCACGUGGAACAGAAGCACGUAAUCCAGAAGCUUCAGAGUAGGAGGUCGAUGCCUUAUACCCCCACGUUUUACGCAUUAAGCACAGAUAUAGCAACAUUAUGCCUGUAGUAUGCUAUGUGGUGUAAUAGAAAUGCUGGAAGAACGUUCCGGACGCCAACUAAUUCCCUUCCAUAAUGUUUCAUGCUGACGCGUUUCAGAGCAAGUUCCUUUUUGUCAGAGCACUAUGGCAACCGUUUCAGAAUGUUAUACACAUCCACAUAACACUCUUUCCCUCAUUUGCAUAAUUACGACACCAUGCUGGUGUCCAGGGUCACUCAGUCAGAACACUGUACCUCCUCCAAGUGAGGAAGACUCAGCACUGACUGACUCAGUGUGGUUUUAAUAAUGCUGCUGUGACCAGGGUCAUGUUACUGUAGCGCUCUGCUCCACUCAAUACAUGCAGCUUUUCAGGAUUUACCCAACACUAGGCAGCUAUUGUACACGACAAGGGCUGUUGCGGUGACCGUAUUACCGCUACACCGGCGGUCACGAGGAAUGACCGCAGUAAAAUACCGUUGAGUCACGGUAAUCUCCGGUUAUGCACUCUGGAUAUCCGUUUUGUAGUACCCGACUCGCUAAUGGUCCUCGGGUCGCUACUAGCCUUUUACUCAGCCCUCUGUUGUCCCUCUAACCACUCUGACAUCCAUGCAAAUGCAAAUCGAAAAUCACAUCGAACACUGUAUGUGCUUUCUAAACACCUCACUGUGAUUUUAUCAAUUUGAAGAAAGAAGUUCAACAACCGGUGGAAACUGAUUUGGAAGGCAUUAUCGUUGUGGAUGUUGUUUCAAAGCCUAACACAACGAAAUGGACGCUUUCUAUGGGGAUUAUUUAAUUCAAAACACCCAUAUGACUUAUUAUCGCUUAUGCAUACGCAUAGCCCUAUAUGUGAGCCCAAGCCCGAAAAUAAAGAAACCAAAUUAAAAUAAUGAUUGUGCUGUUAUACAAUACAUAGUCUACUGCAUAUUACACAAGGCAGAGAAACAUUUUUAAAAUACUGAUUUAAGAUAUCUUUGGUACAUAAUUGGUCUAUCCUAAAUUAAACAAAUUCAGUUAGCCUACAAUUAUAGUGAAUUUGUAUUUGAUUUUGAAUAGCCUAGUAAUAGGGCAUAAAAAAAAAAAAAUCAUAAUUAAUAGGCUGACAUUACCUUUAGUUACAGAAUAUCUCACCACCGUGCGUUUCCAUCUCCUCUCUCUCCUUCCUUCCUUUCUCCAGCGUGCAGAGAAGCGGGGCUGUCAACAGUUUAAUUAAAUAUGUUUUUCUUUUACGAAAACUAUUGAUGUUCCCAAACAGAUUUCACUUGGUUUCCCAAAUUUAAGCACUGGGUAGCUUCAGGGACAGGGUUGGAGAGCCCAUGGCAUACCGGAGUACCCUACAGUACCUCAAUAUGAGUGAAACAACCAGAGAGGUGACCCGGAGGGAAAGUGGCCUCCAUUCGCUAUUGGAGUGCAUACGGAUGACAUGUCUUUUUCCUCUUGCCCAUGUUCCUGCCCAUUUUUUAAAAUCUAAACAAAUUUUAACAGAUUAGUAAAGACGAGAUUAAAUUGAGAAUGGUCUGAUGGGUGAAAAUAUGAUCACUUGAUGAGAGAACAGCGUGUGCAGCCUGAGGCAAGGAACAGAGCGCAAUCUUUUUUUUGCGACUUUCUCAAAUCAUCAAUAGCCUAUAGUCGCAUCCUGAAGCCCAGAUAUGUUUUGAUUUCGAAGACAUUCUAGGCUUUGUAUCAUUCACAACUAAAGUUGCCAAAUAACUCAAAAUCUAGCAUAUAGGACCUGUUUAAAUUUUUUUGCUCAACAUAGCAAGUUCACUCUCGCUCAGGAACGGGAAAAAUAUCCUUUCUAUUUUAUUCUUCUUACUAUAAAAUCAUAUAAUAUAAAAUAAUGCCACAGGACUUAUAAGCAUAUCUUGACUGGUGUUACGGUAAUACAGUCAACAGCCCUAAAUACAACCAUCUUUUUCCUCAUUUGUGUUACUCAACUGUAGACGUAGGGGCCUUGACGUGCUACGUAAGCUGACAAAGCUCUUCUGAAUCUCCCCCCUCCUCUCCAUCCUCCCCCAGCGGUGCUCCUGAGCUCUGUAGCAGGCAGCCUGCUGUGCCAGGUCAUUUAUUCCCUGUUGCUGCUUCCCCUGUGGGUGGUACGCCCGCUGCUCACCCACCUGAUCUGUCUGCUGGAGCACAUCAAUGAGUUCAACUGCCUGCUGCCAGACACCGCCCUGCUGGAGGAGAGGGAGCUGGAGGCAGCAUGCUCAGGACCGCUGGGUAGGUGUCGACUGGAGGUAGCAUGUUCAGGACCGCUAGGUAGGUGUCGACUGGAGGCAGCAUGUUCAGGACCGCUGGGUAGGUGUCGACUGGAGGCAGCAUGUUCAGGACUGCAGGGUAGGUGUCGACUGGAGGCAGCAUGUUCAGGACCGCUGGGUAGGUGUCGACUGGAGGCAGCAUGUUCAGGACCGCUGGGUAGGAAAUUUAGGGGGGUAACUUCGUCCCCAGGCUGGCUAAUUGCCCAAAACAUGUCUGCGAACAAGAUUACUAGGGGGAGACCUGUUCUGUUACUACCAGAUUCAAGCCCCUGACAUAAUGGACCACCAGACCAGUCAUGGAUAGCCAAUGGCAUUGUUCUGUUGGGACACUGAGAGACAGGGAGAAAGAUGGAGAUCAUUUAAUAAAGAGGUGUAUUAACAGAAUGUCUGAUUUUUAAGAUAAUUUGCUGCUAAGAAGUAGAAAAAUGUAGCAGACUCCAGGAGCUCCUUAGUGACAUGAUGUUCUGGAUGAAUUCUGUGGUUCCAGAUGAAGCAGGAAGGGCUGGGCUUAGCCACGCAGGGGUGGAGCACGACGGAUGGGUGUGGCUUCUGGACCUGGAGAGAUCUGUGGCGCUGGCGAUUGGACGCUGCCUGGGCGGGAUGCUGCAGGGACCGCCCCCAUCUGUCCAAGAGAGGACAUCAGAAUACUGGCUGUGUAACCCUCUCCUCAGGAACGGACUGGAGAUGGACUUUGAACAACUGGGUGUGAUAUGACACACAUAGAAACAAAUCACCCCAUCACAGAACGUUGACCUGUAUGGGAAUGUCCAUUCUAGUAAUUAUAUUUCUAUGACAUUACACACGCCAACCAUGAUGACCAGCAUCCGUUCAAUCUUUAAAAAGAUGUCAAUCUAAAUCUAAUUCCUGGUCAAGUACAGUAGAUAAUCAGAAAAUAAACUAGUUGUGGUGUUUAUGCUGUAUUCUUUGAACUUCUUACCAUUGUAGCAAUACCUUCAGAAGUAUUGUCCCCUCAGACAGAAACUUUCAGCUAACAAGGUACAAAAAGAGAUGUCAAAUUAGAAAAAUAAGUGUUGAAUUCUUUCACAGUUUUAUUGAGUGCAGCAUUUCACCCUGAAGGCCUUUGUCAGGCUUUUCAUUGUAAUAAUAAGUGCCUGUGUUAUUGUGUGUCUGUCCUUGCAGACUCCGGCACAGCGUGGCUGACUGAGGCAGUGCUGCUGGGCUGUCCUGAUGCCAAGCUGGCAGACCUGAGUGUGAGCGAGGACAACAGCAUGCUGAUGGAGCUGGCUCUAGGAUCGUCUAGAGAGCCUGCCGGAGGCCUGUGGAGGAAGAUGAAGGAGUAUGCCAUCAGCAGAGGUAGGGCUAGGAGGACACACACACGUACACAGAUGCAUGCACGACCACACACACACGUACACAGAUUCAUGCACGACCACACACACACACGUACACAGAUGCAUGCACGACCACACACACACACGUACACAGAUUCAUGCACGACCACACACGUACACAGAUUCAUGCACGACCACACACACACACGUACACAGAUUCAUGCACCACCACACACACACACGUACACAGAUGCAUGCACAACAACACACACACACGUACACAGAUGCAUGCACAACCACACACACGUACACAGAUUCAUGCACGACCACACACACACAUACACAGAUGCAUGCACCACCACACACACACGCACACAGAUGCGUGCACGACCACACACACACACGUACACAGAUGCGUGCACGACCACACACACACACGUACACAGAUUCGUGCACGACCACACACACACACACGUACACAUAUGUGUGCACACAGACGUACGUACACACACACACACAUACGUACACACACACACACACACUGAGAUGGCGCCGGAGAAGAUGGCUGCCGUUUUAUAGCCCUCUAACCAAUUGUACUAUUGUGUGUGUUCUUUCGCUUUAUUUGUAAUUUAUUCUGUACAUAAUGUUUCUGCCAUCGUCUCUUAUAACCAAAAAGAGCUUAUUGAUCUCAGGACAGCGAUUAAUCACCUAGUAUUGGACAAAGAUUUUUUCUUCAACGAGUCGGACGCAAAGGAUAUCCUACAGACACCCGACAAGGGCCAAUUCCCCGUCAUUUGCAGGAGAAAGAGACGGAUAUAUCGUGGACGUAGGUCGGGGUGCCUUGUAAGGAUCCGACCUAAGAUUACGGUUAUCCUACCAACGGUACAUUAAAAACUGUAAUAUCUUAUGUUUCACCGAGUCGUGGCUGAAUGACGACAUGGACAACAUACAGCUGACGGGAUAUACGCUACAUCGGCAGGAUAGAACGGCUGACUCCGGUAAGACAAGGGGUGGCGGUCUGUGUAUAUUUGUAAACAACAGCUGGUGCACAAAAUCAAAUACUAAGGAAGUCUCAAGGUUUUGCUCGCCUGAGGUAGAGUAUCUUAUGAUAAACAAUAGACAACACUAUUUACCAACAGAGUUUUCGUCUAUAUUUUUCAUAGCUGUCUAUUUACCACCACAAACCAAUGCUAGCAUUAAGAUUGCGCUCAAUGAGCUGUAUAGGGCCAUAACUAAACAGGAAAACGCUCAUCCAGAGGCAGCGCUCCUAGUGGCCGGGGACUUUAAUGCAGGGAAACUUAAAUCCGUUCUACCUAAUUUCUACCAGCAUGUUAAAUGUGCAACCAGAGGAAAAAAAAACUCUAGACCACCUUUACUCCACACACAGAGACGCAUACAACAUUCACAAGGCCGCAGGGCCAGAUGGAUUACCAGGACUUGUACUCCGAGCAUGUGCUGACCAACUGGCAAGUGUCUUCACCGACAUUUUCAACAUGUUCCUGACUGAGUCUGUAAUACCAACAUGUUUCAAGCAGACCACCAUAGUCCCCGUGCCCAAGGACACUAAGAUAACUAGCAUAAAUGACUACCGAUCCGUAGCACUGACGUCUGUAGCCAUGAAGUGCUUUGAAAGGCUGGUCAUGGCUCACAUCAACACCAUUAUCCCAGAAACCCUAGACCCACUCCAAUUUGCAUACCGCCCCAACAGAUCCACAGAUGAUGCAAUCUCUAUUGCACUCCACACUGCCCUUUCCCACCUGGAAAAGAGGAACACCUACGUGAGAAUGCUAUUCAUUGACUACAGCUCAUCAUUCAACACCAUAGUGCCCUCAAAGCUCAUCACUAACCUAAGGAUCUUGGGACUAAACACCUCCCUCUGCAACUGGAUCCUGGACUUCCUGAAGGGCCGCCCCAGGUGGUAAGGGUAGCUAACAACACAUCUGCCACGCUGAUCCUCAACACGGGGGCCCCUCAGGGGUGCGUGCUCAGUCCCCUCCUGUACUCCCUGUUCACCCAUGACUGCAUGGCCAGGCACGACUCCAACACCAUCAUUAAGUUUGCCGACGACACAACAGUGGUAGGCCUGAUCACCGACAACGAUGAGACAACCUAUAGGGAGGAGGUCAUAGACCUGGCCGUGUGGUGCCAGGAUAACAACCUCUCCCUCAACGUGAUCAAGACAAAGGAGAUGAUUGUGGACUACAGGAAAAAAAAGAGGACUGCGCAUGCCCCCAUUCUCAUCGACGGGGCUGUAGUGGAACAGGUUGAGAGCUUCAAGUUCCUUGGUGUCCACAUCACCAAUAAACUAUCAUGGUCCAAACACACCAAGACAGUUGUGACGAGGGCACGACAAAACCUAUUCCCCCUCAGGAGACUGAAAAGAUUUGGCAUGGGUCCUCAGGUCCUCAAAAAGUUAUACAGCUGUACCAUCGAGAGCAUCCUGACUGGUUGCAUCACUGCCUGGUAUGACAACUGCUCGGCCUCCGACCGCAAGGUACUACAGGGGGUAGUGCGUACAGCCCAGUACAUCACUGGGGCCAAGCUUCCUGCCAUCCGGGACCUCUAUACCAGGCGGUGUCAGAGGAAGACCCUCAAAAUUGUCAAAGACUCCAGCCACCCUAGUCAUAGACUGUUCUCUCUGCUACCGCACGGCAAGCGGUACUGGAGCGCCAAGUCUAGGUCCAAAAGACUUCUCAACAGCUUCUACCCCCAAGCCAUAAGACUCCUGAACAGCUAAUCAUGGCUACCCGGACUAUUUGCACUGCCCACCCCCACCCCAUCUUUUUACGCUGCUGCUACUCUGUUAAUUAUUUAUGCAUAGUCACUUUAACUCUACCCACAUAUACAUAUUACCUCAACUACCUCAACUAGCCGGUGCCCCCGCACAUUGACUCUGCACCGGUACCCCCCUGUAUAUAGCCUCCCUACUGUUAUUUUAUUUGACUUCUGCUCUUUUUUUCACAACACUUUUUUUGUUGUUGUUUUAUUUUCAUUUUUUAAAAAGAAAUAAAUGCAUUGUUGGUCAAGGGCUGUAAGUAAGCAUUUCACGGUAAUGUCUACACCUGUUGUAUUCGGCGCAUGUGGCAAAUAAAAUGUGAUUUGAUACACACACAGCAACACUGUUACAGCCUUUGUGGGUGAUAAUGAAUUCAGUGACUGUGAGGGGCUAUUCAUAAAGUGUGUUGUUUCCAGUGGAAGGGUGUUUUGUCAGAUCAUAAAAGCAGCAUAUAUUGUCUACAGUAUCUUGUUCUUGGCAUCAUCAUCAUUAUUUUAGAGUUAUCCUGAAUGAAUAUGAUGCAUACAUCACCAUCAACCACCUUUUGUAGGUCAUUUGUGGUGAUGUGUUUUGAAUAAACCAUUCUGUCUUGUGUUAUCUUUGGCAGACUGGGAUAACAGCGGUCCCUCAGGUGAUUCCCUGUUAGAGACGGCAUGUCGCAGCAGCCUGGCUGCUCUCUUCAAACACACGGGGCUGCAGGAUGAGGCCUACUGGCAGGACAAGUGAGUGGAGCUGCAUAAAAAAAGCUGUUGUGAUACGAUUUUCAAAUACAGAGAUACAAGUUAUUCUUAAAGGGAGACUGUGGAAUUUUGGCAAUGAGGCCAUGUAUCUACUUCCCCAGGGUCAGAUGAACUCGUGGAUACCAUUUUUAUAUGUCUGCGUGCAGUUUUGAAGGAAGUUGCUAACUCACACUAGCGCAGUUGCUAGCUAACGUUAGCACAAUGACUGGAAGUCUAUGGGUAUCUGCCAGCAUGGUAGUAGAUACGCAUAGACUUCCAGUCAUUGCGCUAAUGCUAGUUAGCAUUGGCUCACGAAACUACCUCUAUUUUCCUUCCUACUGGACACAGAGACAUAAAAAUGGUAUCCAUGAGUUCAUCUGACUGUGGGGAAGUAGACAAAGGGCAUAAUUGCCAAAAUCUCGAAGUAUCCCUUUAAUUCUCAAGUACUGAAACCCCACAUUUUACCAAUUUCUGACUUCCAUUCAAUCUGUGGCUGGAUGUUUUUUAUUAGAUGUAUCCAAUGUGGGUCUCUAGAGCAGAUGAAAUGGCUCCAGUCCUGCAACGUGUAGUGUGUGUGCCAGGGGAAUGAUGGUGUAUCAUGAUGUAAUACCUGUUCUCCUUGUCAGGUACGAGCCAUGUGAGAUGCUGAUAGAGAUCUAUGAGAUGGUGUAUAAGAUCAGGAGUGCUCUGCUGGCACACAAAGACUCUCCAGCCAACACACAGGCCCUGGCUAACAGUAAACAGGUAGGAGGACUACAGCCAACACACAGGCCCUGGCUAACAGUAAACAGGUAGAAGGACUACAGCCAACACACAGGCCCUGGUUAACAGUAACAUCUCUCUAAUGUAACGGUCUCAUUCUCUCUCUAAUGUAACGGUCUCAUUCUCUCUCUAAUGUAACGGUCUCAUUCUCUCUCUAAUGUAACGGUCUCAUUCUCUCUCUAAUGUAACGGUCUCAUUCUCUCUCUAAUGUAACGGUCUCAUUCUCUCUCUAAUGUAACGGUCUCAUUCUCUCUCUAAUGUAACGGUCUCAUUCUCUCUAAUGUAACUGUCUCAUUCUCUCUCUAAUGUAACUGUCUCAUUCUCUCUCUAAUGUAACUGUCUCAUUCUCUCUCUAAUGUAACGGUCUCAUUCUCUCUCUAAUGUAACUGUCUGUCUCCUCUAUUCCAGAGUCCCAGUGGGCAGGAACCGGGUCCCUCUGGUAGGGAGCAGCAGGCGGACCGAGGGAAGGACCAGGACCCUGAGCUGGGGGGUCACAGUGGAGGUCACGGUGGAGGUCACAUGAGUCACCAGGGAGGGCAGGUCCUCCCCACGGCUGCAGAACACAACCAGGAGGAGGGGCCAGAGGAGGACACGCCCAGCAUCAGCAGUAUGUACCUGCCGGGUAAACUGGGCCACGUCCUUGGUCCUUGUAUUUCACAUGAUGUUUCUGAGGUAUAGUACACGCACAUUCUCCCACCUAAAUCUCACCUGCCCACCCCUCCUUGUCCAACAGAGGUCCUCCAGUGUUUCCUGGCCACGCGGGAGGCCAUGCAGCUGCAGCAGAAUGAGACUGUCUACGAGUCUUCCGGGACCUCCACCCUCCCCAGCAGCACAGAGAGCCCCGGCACCCCAGAAAGAGAGCCCCCUAACAGGCAGGGCUGGGAGCGACGGAGAGGGUCCGAGGAGGGCAUGUCAUUCCCUGCAGCCUGCCACCUGGUGGUCUCCCGCUGUGUGUUCCUCCUCCUCGGGGUCCGGCCCGCAUGGCAAGAACAGAGUGAAGAGACAGGGCAGGCGGAGAGCACUGGAGCCAGGUGAGUGGGUCUGUGGAAGGGGGGGGAAGGAGUCAGGGGUGGGUGUGUCGUGGGUGGGGUUGUGGGUUUGGGCAUGGUGAAGAGACAGGGCAGGCGGAGAGCACUGGAGCCAGGUGAGUGGGUCUGUGGAAGGGGGGGGGGAAGGAGUCAGGGGUGUGGGUCUGUGGAAGGGGGGGGAAGGAGUCAGGGGUGUGUGUGUCGUGGGUGGGGUUGUGGGUUUGGGCAUGGUGAAGAGACAGGGCAGGCGGAGAGCACUGGAGCCAGGUGAGUGGGUCUGUGGAAGGGGGGGAAGGAGUCAGGGGUGUGUGUGUCAUGGGUGGGGUUGUGGGUUUGGGCAUUGGUUUCAAUAUGUGCGUGCGUAUAUUUCAAUACAUUAACCCUAGUAUUCAUUGUUUUAUGAAUCUACUAUAAAUGUCUGGUCUGCUCUCUACAGAAAAUCAGCUUCAUCUACAGAUUCUCUACUCAGCCCAAACACAGAACAAAGCAGAUUCACCAUGGGCGGUAGAAAACCGUCUGCAGGCCAGUCCAGAAACUCCUUCAAGAAUAAAUUGGGUACUAAAUGACUCACUGAAUAUGAUCUAACUACCAAUCCAGGAACUCCACAGUCACACACACAACCCAUCUCAGCAAUUCCCAAAUGAUAUCACACAAUGGAAGACAGAAUGAGAGGUUUCUGUAAAGCACUUUGUUACAACUGAUGACGUAGAAUGGGCUUUAUAACGACAUUUUUUGAUUGAUUUGAUGGACGGAGAGGUCAACUAUGACCCCUGACCUCUGACCCUCCAUCCGCCCUCCCUCAGGUCUACCACUGUGUUCCCUGGGCAUCAUGAAGGAUGCGUGGGAGCGGUUAUGCCAGUGCAUUAGCCCCACCACCAGCUCCAUGUGCCAGGGCGGGGCGGGCAGCUCGCCCAGCGUGCUCAGCCAGGUCUUUCACUUCCUGUGUGGGAGCCUGCUCCGUCCGACCCCCCCCUCUUCGGUACUGGAGAGAGAGGCAGGCAGCCAGGCAGACCCCAAGGCCAUCACACUGGCCAUGUACCAACAACAGCAGAGGGCAGAGGUAUGCAUUUAUAAAAUCGAUACAGUUACACGUCGCAAUAUUAUUUUUGGACAAUAUUAUUAUCGAUAUUUGACUGCAAGUGUCGAUUUAGUAAAAAUAACUACUGUAGGUAGAAUUAGAUGGUGCUAGUCAGCUGUACCGGCGUCAAAACACCAAUAUUUUUCAUCCUAUAGCUUGUUCUCCAUCUUCUUUUUAAAUAGUGAGCCAACAUGUUUUCAGCACUUUUUAUUUCCAUGACUGUAUCAAAACUCCAUGUUUUCUCAUGCUCUCUCUUGUUUUCUCUGCAGCAGACUUAGUGAGCAAUAUGUUUGGAACAAAUCACAAUGAAUAAAAUUGCAGUAUCGAAUCGAAAUACAUGUAGAAUCGUGAGAAUCGCAAUACAUAUCGGUACCUAAGUAUUGUGAUAUCAUAUCGUAAGGUCCCUGGCAAUUCCCAGCCCAAAAAACGUCAUACCUUGUUUUAGUAACUGGUUUAGUGGUGGGUCUAUUCUCCCUACUACAGCAUCCUAGAAUCAUUAUCAAAGACUUGAAUAUAAGUAUAAUAUUACUUCAUUUUGUAAAUAUGUAUUUAUUGUUUUAACCACUUAUUGAGAACGCAUUCUCUUUUACUAAAACAACCUUAGUCGUCCUGGCACCCUUCUUCCAAGAUGGAGGGGUUACGAUAAUGUUAGUAAAAUACUGUGGUUCUCUAUGCUCAGGUCCGUCUGGAGGCGUUGUGCCAGAUCUCUUCGUUCCUGUCUGAGAUGGAGGAGAAGAGUAGCGGUUCAGGUGCCUCUCCUCCCCCGCGGUUCCCUGGCUUGCUACAAUCUGUUCAGCUGCAGUUCCUGUCGGGCUGCUUCGGACUGGGAACACCCAUCGCAGGCUGCCAGUCUGGAGACAACGACCAGAUGAACCACUACACUGUAAAUUCAGUUAUAGAUCAUCACUACACAGGGACAUCCACCAUAGUAGUAAAUAGUCAUUACUUGAAGAAACAAAAAAAUAAGUUGAUGCUGGUAGUAUGAACAAUGCAUAAGCGUUAGGGAGGGGACUCAUCACGUGUAGAAAAGUCAGUCGUUACUGUGUGCUGACAAGGAUGAGAAGAGUCACUGGCGCGUUGUAAAUACUCACUGCUGAGAUCUAGUUCUGAUAGGUGACAAUAGUCAUUUCAAGUUGAAUGUGUCAUUUUUUAAAUGUUAGACCGAUGUGUUUCUGUCCCCAGUCUGGGACCCAGUCAGCGUCUAUGUGUACCCAGAGAGAGCUGCAGUCUGCUGCCCACACCCUCUACCAGCAGGUGGUCCGGGUCCUGAGACAGAAGGUCCUCCUGGAGAGGGAACAGACAGGUUGGGGUCCAAAUACUAUACAGCACAUUUACUUUAGACUGGUUCAAGAUCUGUUUGUUUUCCGUAUAGCCAACUAUUUUGGCCGUUGGCAAGACGGCACAAACAGAUCUGGGACCUGGCGACAGUAACAUGACUCCAAGGUCUGCUUCCAUACAUUCAUAUAUCCAUCUCUGACAGAGAUUUCCCCCUUGCCUGGUCCCAGAUCUGUUUGUGCUGUCUUGCCAACUCGACCAAAGGAGUUGGCGCUACAGCACAAACAGGUCUGGGAUCAGGCUAGCAGUGAGUGUCCCCAGACUUUAACCCUUUUGUAUUCCCUCUCUCUCAGGCUCCUACCAGCCCUUGCUGCUGGCCACAGUGUUUGCUCUGAAUUUCCACUACCAGCCAGUAGAUCUGGUGGUGGUCAGUAAGUGUGGCAUCCUGGAGAUCCUGUCAUUGCUGACAGACAACACGUGUGUUCUGAUGAACCAGCGCUGGCUAGCAGCCUCUGUGUCAGGACAUAUGCUGCUGAGUGGAGCCGUAAAACUGGCCUGUGCCCGCCUACUGCAGAUACUGGCCAUCGCUGCUAGGUGAGUAGACUGGACAGGGGUGAGGAAAGGAAAUGGGGAAGGAACUAGGACGCUAGGGGAGAAUGCUGUCGAGCUGGCCUGCAUCCACCUGCUGGAGAUUCUGGCCAUCGCUGCUAGGUAUAUAGGUGCCUGGCUUAGUGCACAACAGCAGGAUAUAUGGUAUGUAGGAUACCUAGAAUCCCACCAGAUUUAUUUAUUUAUUACAUUUUUUUAACCAGCGACCCUCUAGUUGCAGACCUGGCUUCUCUAACCUCUAGAUUACCUGCUGCCUAACUGAAGUCCACCCUGUGUGUGUGUGUGUGUGUGUGUGUGUGUGUGUGUGUGUGUGUGUGUGUGUGUGUGUGUGUGUGUGUGUGUGUGUGUUUUCUGUCCCCAGUUCGUGUGAGGACUCCCUGCCUCUGGACGUGUCUCAGGCCCUAAUGGAUGUGAUGUGUGAGCAGCUCCAGAGUCUGUUACACAUGGUUCACCAGCAGGAGGCGCUGGAGAACAGGUCAGCAGAGGAAGCAGACCAGGACACCUCCACCAAGAGGAUCCGGAUAGAGGGUGAGGCAACGUUAGAGGGGAAAAUACUUACUUUUACUUAGGCCUUUAAGUUCCAUGGGUAACAUAGGACAUCAUAGGGGGGAGAUUACCUAUUUGUUGCGUAGAGUAGGCCGGAAGGCUAAACUGAAAAACAUGAACUGAAACUUAAGCCGAUAUUAAACUUGAACUCUACCAAAUAAAACGAUGGUGGAGCCGCAAAAUAACUUCUGUGCAACGGUUUUUAUUUACAUAGUGAUUCCGAAAGAAAAACAGUACUGCCACAAAAGUAUACAUUAUGGGGACAGCUAAACAGUGCUGCCCCAUUAACAGCUCAAUGAAAAAGGUACCCUCUUGAACUGAAAGAGAGGCUCCUUUUGUAGGAGAAGCCCCUACAAUCAGAACAUACCAAACUCAUUACAGUGGGGAAAAUAAGUAUUUAGUCAGCCACCAAUUGUGCAAGUUCUCCCACUUAAAAAGAUGAGAGAGGCCUGUAAUUUUCAUCAUAGGUACACGUCAACUAUGACAGACCAAAUGAGAUUUUUUUUCUCCAGAAAAUCACAUUUGUUAUGAAUUUAUUUGCAAAUUAUGGUGGAAAAUAAGUAUUUGGUCAAUAACAAAAGUUUCUCAGUACUUUGUUAUAUACCCUUUGUUGGCAAUGACACAGGUCAAACGUUUUCUGUAAGUCUUCACAAGGUUUUCACACACUGUUGCUGGUAUUUUGGCCCAUUCCUCCAUGCAGAUCUCCUCUAGAGCAGUGAUGUUUUGGGGCUGUCGCUGUCUGCCCCCUGCUUGUGGGGCAGACAGACUCAUUAGUGAUGAGGGGCAGACAGACUCAUUAGUGAUGAGGAGCAGACAGACUAGUGAUGAGGAGCAGACAGACUCAUUAGUGAUGAGGAGCAGACAGACUCAUUAGUGAUGAGGGGCAGACAGACUCAUUAGUGAUGAGGGGCAGACAGACUCAUUAGUGAUGAGGGGCAGACAGACUCAUUAGUGAUGAGGGGCAGACAGACUCAUUAGUGAUGAGGGGCAGACAGACUAGUGAUGAGGGGCAGACAGACUCAUUAGUGAUGAGGGGCAGACAGACUCAUUAGUGAUGAGGGGCAGACAGACUCAUUAGUGAUGAGGGGCAGACAUACUCAUUAGUGAUGAGGAGCAGUAAGGGAGAGAGAGAACCUGACAGGUCAGUUAUGACUUUAAUUUGUGUGUGUUCUGAGUGUACAUUUUUUUAAUUCACCCUACCUUGUAAAAGUAGUCCUUAACGCCAUUGUUGUAGGCCAGUAUGAGCCGUUAGCUAGAGGGUGUAUCUGGAGUGUACACAAUGUCAGGUGUGAUGAACCUUUCUCUGUAGGGAUGGAGGUGGUGCGGAGCAGUAGAGUCAUUGAGUCCCAGCUCGCUGACUUCCUGGUAUUCCUGAGGCGUAUCCUGUCGCUAAGGGUGACCAAGAGAGUCUCUGCCUUCAUCAAGUGGAUCGAUCCACUUAUGACCAUCAUCUCACACAAGUGCUCUUCAGGUAAGGGCUUAACGCAGUCAACAACUCCCUGUUUUCUUUAUCUUUAGACUGCGGAAAAUUGUAAUUCAGAACAUUGAGGUGAUGUCUCUGCACCUGUAUCACCUGUCUUUGAUUUUAGAGGUUGACAUUUUUAAAUGUUUAUAAAAUAUAACUAUUAAUCAGCUGGGUGAAAUUAAAGAUGUGAUGUUUCCAUUAGGUUCUCCACGAUUUCGGAACUUGAGAACCAAACUGCUAGCCUUCCACAUUCUGGAAGGUCUGUUACCGGCCUGUUCUGAACCAGCACAGAUUGAACAGGUGAGACCACAGAGUAUUCUACUGUCUCUGUUGUCUGUCUGAGACCACAGAGUAUUCUACUGUCUCUGUUGUCUGUCUGAGACCACAGAGUAUUCUACUGUCUCUGUUGUCUGUCUGAGACCACAGAGUAUUCUACUGUCUCUGUUGUCUGUCUGAGACCACAGAGUAUUCUACUGUCUCUGUUGUCUGUCUGAGACCACAGAGUAUUCUACUGUCUCUGUUGUCUGUCUGAGACCACAGAGUAUUCUACUGUCUCUGUUGUCUGUCUGAGACCACAGAGUAUUCUACUGUCUCUGUUGUCUGUCUGAGACCACAGAGUAUUCUACUGUCUCUGUUGUCUGUCGGAGACCAUAUAGUAUCCAAUGUAUCUGUUGUCUGUCUGAGACCACAGAGUAUUCUACUGUCUCUGUUGUCUGUCUGAGACCACAGAGUAUUCUACUGUCUCUGUUGUCUGUCUGAGACCACAGAGUAUUCUACUGUCUCUGUUGUCUGUCUGAGACCACAGAUUAUUCUACUGUCUCUGUUGUCUGUCUGAGACCACAGAGUAUUCUACUGUCUCUGUUGUCUGUCUGAGACCACAGAGUAUUCUACUGUCUCUGUUGUCUUUCUGAGACCACAGAGUAUUCUACUGUCUCUGUUGACUGUCUGAGACCAUAGAGUAUCCAAUGUCUCUGUUGUCUGUCUGAGACCACAGAGUAUUCUACUGUCUCUUUUGACUGUCUGAGACCACAGAGUAUUCUACUGUCUCUGUUGACUGUCUGAGACCACAGAGUAUUCUACUGUCUCUGUUGUCUGUCUGAGACCACAGAGUAUUCUACUGUCUCUGUUGUCUGUCUGAGACCACAGAGUAUUCUACUGUCUCUGUUUUCUGUCUGAGACCACAGAGUAUUCUACUGUCUCUGUUGUCUGUCUGAGACCACAGAGUAUUCUACUGUCUCUGUUGACUGUCUGAGACCACAGAGUAUUCUACUGUCUCUGUUGUCUGUCUGAGACCAUAGAGUAUCCAAUGUCUCUGUUGUCUGUCUGAGACCACAGAGUAUUAUACUGUCUCUGUUGUCUGUCUGAGACCACAGAGUAUUCUACUGUCUCUGUUGUCUGUCUGAGACCACAGAGUAUUCUACUGUCUCUGUUGUCUGUCUGAGACCACAGAGUAUUCUACUGUCUCUGUUGACUGUCUGAGACCACAGAGUAUUAUACUGUCUCUGUUGUCUGUCUGAGACCACAGAGUAUUCUACUGUCUCUGUUGACUGUCUGAGACCACAGAGUAUUCUACUGUCUCUGUUGUCUGUCUGAGAUCACAGAGUAUUCUACUGUCUCUGUUGUCUGUCUGAGAACACAGAGUAUUCUACUGUCUCUGUUGUCUGUCUGUACCUGCCCGUUAUAAAGAAAGGAACUUACUCACUCACUUUUUUCUCCUUUUCCACUCCCUCCCCUUUCCAGAUUGUUGAUCAGCUGUUCGGGCUUCUCUCUAUGUGUAUGUGGGAGGAGCCUUUAGCUGUGAAGAAGAACCAAGAGAAAACAGCAGAGAGCUCCAACAGGGUAUUUAUUCACAGUAACAAUAUCAUGGACAUUUUAUGAACUUGGUGUGUUGUUUUGUUGAGUUUGAAUAAUGUGGUCCUGUGUGGCUCAGUUGGUAGCUAUGAGCCCAAGGUCAUGGGUUAUGAACCUACUAUAAGGUCAUGGGUUAUGAACCUACUAUAAGGUCAUGGGUUAUGAACCUACUAUAAGGUCAUGGGUUAUGAACCUACUAUAAGGUCAUGGGUUAUGAACCUACUAUAAGGUCAUGGGUUAUGAACCUACUAUACUCUAAGUCACUUAGGAUAAAAGCAUAUGCUAAAUGGUAUAUCUCUUUAAGGAAUACCUGGAAUAGUAUAAAGUAAUCCUUCUUCCCCCACCCCCCAUUUAAAAAAAAAUAUAAUAAAAAAAAGUGGUUGUCUCACUGGCUAUCAUAAGUUGAAUGCACCAAUUUGUAUGUCGCUCUGGAUAAGAGCGUCUGCUAAAUGAUGUAAAUUUACAUGUAAAUCUUCAUGCUGUGUUCCAGGACCCAGGGAGUGAUGAUGAGUGUAUUUCUAUCGGAGACUUCUCCUUUGACCCCUACAAGCUGAUCUGCUGCUCGCUGGAGAGUGGUAACGUGCUGUCUCACGGGUCAGGAGGGAAGGGAUACGGCCUCGCCACCACAGCCAUCAACUCCGGCUGCUUCAUAUGGAAGGUAGGGGGAGAUAUUAAAGUACUUUAUUUAAUGAGGAGAACUGUUGCACACCCAGGGACCUGAGUAAAUGUUCAGGAUAGUAUAAGAUGGAUCAGGAGGGAAGGGGUAUGGCCUCGCCACUCCAUCACCUCAGGCUGCUUAAUAAUAUAAUAAUAUGCCAUUUAGCAGACGCUUUUAUCCAAAGCGACUUAGUCAUGUGUGCAUACAUUUUUGUGUAUGGGUGGUCCCGGGGAUCGAACCCACUAUCCUGGCGUUACAAGCGCCAUGCUCUACCAGCUGAGCUACAGAGGACCACAUGGACGGUAGACUGUCUGUACUAGAUAAUCAGUGUGUUUUUACGGGGAUCCAUUUUAGCAAGGUGAGGCACAGAAUCGCUCAUCUUGAUCGUACUGAGUUGUAAUAUUUCGGAUGCUUGAUUUUGUAGACAAGUGAUUCUGCACAGUUUGACGGCGAUGACGAUCUCAGACAUGCACCGUGAUUUAAAACAUAUGCUAAUUUGCUAGCAAGUUAAGUUGCCUAAAUCAUAAUCAGGAAACAUUGUAUCCUCCUAUGCCACGUCUUCAUCGCCAUCCUCCAGUUCAACAUCACCAAGGAGAACAAGGGGAAUGAGGGCACCUGUAUCGGGGUGUCUCGCUGGCCCAUCCGGGACUACAACCAUCGCACCACCACAGACAUGUGGCUGUACCGUGCCUACAGUGGCAGCCUGUACCACGGAGGGGAGCUGGGCCGGGCCCUGCCAUCCUUCACUCAGGGAGACACCAUCACCUGCAUCCUGGACAUGGAGGCUAGGACCAUCUCUUUCGCCAAGAACAACAAGGUCUGUAUAAUGUACAGCCUGGGGAGGAGGGGAAUUCAGUUCAAAGGGCAAUUAUUACCAUACAAUAUGAUACUUUUAUUGUCCAUUUCCAUGAGAAUUGUUGCUGGCAGGCUUAGGAUAUUGGUUUGAAUAUCAUUAAGACAUGACUAAAACGGUGUCUUUUUGACAGGAGCCUAAGCUGGCUUUUGAAGGUGUGGAGGCCACAGAGUUGUACCCCUGUGUGUUAUUCUACAGCAGCAACCCUGGAGAGAAGGUGUGCAUCAUGUCUUCAGUUGGCUCUUUUAAUACAAGACGGUAUCUUCAAAAAUGUUUCAUAGACAUCUAAGUUACAAGCAUACCUCUAUCAGUCUGCUUUCAAUGGACUAAAGUAGGACUCACCAUAACCCUGCUCUACUCCUAGGUGGCGCUGUGUGACCUCCAGAUGAGAGGCAUGCCCAGUGACCUGCUGCCUGGUGAACCCCUGUGUUCCCCCCGCACCACAGUGCUGCUGGAGGCCACGGUUCAGCUCCUCCGCAGGCUGCACCAGUGUGACGGCUACUGGACACAACACAUCAACCAGCACAUGCAGAGCCGGCUGGAGCUCAUAGGACCGCUCAUGAAGGAGGGAGGCCUGGGGACUGUCAAACAUGGUCAGCCACUGGGCGCACACACUAGUAAUCUGAUAUAUUUAGCAUUUUACAUUUUAGUCAUUUAGCAGACGCUCUUAUCCAGAGCGACUUACAGUUAGUGCAUUCAUCUUAAGAUAGCUAGGUGGGACAACCACAUAUCACAGUACAUUUUUCCUCAAUAACGUAGCUAUCAGUAGAGUAAGAGCUAGAAGGGGGGUGGGGUCAAGUGCUGGUUAAGUUAAAAAAAUAUAUAUAUAUAAAUAUAUACAGUGAGGGACAAAAGUAUUUGAUCCCCUGCUGAUUUUGUACGUUUGCUCACUGACAAAGACAUGAUCAGUCUAUAAUUUUAAUGGUAGGUUUAUUUGAACAGUGAGAGACAGAAUAACAACAAAAAAAUCCAGAAAAAUGCAUGUCAAACAUUUUAUGAAUUGAUUUGCAUUUUAAUGAGGGAAAUAAGUAUUUGACCCCUCUGCAAAACAUGACUUAGCACUUGGUGGCAAAACCCUUGUUGGCAAUCACAGAGGUCAGACGUUUCUUGUAGUUGGCCACCAGGUUUGCACACAUCUCAGGAGGGAUUUUGUCCCACUCCUCUUUGCAGAUCUUCUCCAAGUCAUUAAGGUUUCGAGGCUGAUGUUUGGCAACUCGAACCUUCAGCUCCCUCCACAGAUUUUCUAUGGGAUUAAGGUCUGGAUACUGGCUAGGCCACUCCAGGACCUUAAUGUGCUUCUUCUUGAGCCACUCCUUUGUUGCCUUGGCCGUGUGUUUUGGGUCAUUGUCAUGCUGGAAUACCCAUCCACAACCCAUUUUCAAUGCCCUGGCUGAGGGAAGGAGGUUCUCACCCAAGAUUUGACGGUACAUGGCCCCAUCCAUCGUCCCUUUGAUGCGGUGUACACAUGUACAUAUUACCUCAAUUACCUCGACUAGCCUCCCUACUGUUAUUUUACUGCUGCUAUUUUUUACUUAUCUAUUUUUUACUUAACACAUAUUUUUCUUAAAACUGCAUUGUUGGUUAAUGGCUUGUAAUUAAGCAUUUCACUGUAAGGUCUACGCCUGUUGUAUUCGGCACAUGUGGCAAAUAACAUUUGAUUUGAUUUGAAGCUACAAAAUAACAAAAUUGGAUAAUCUGUAAGUAACUAGGUAAAAUGAGAGAGUGGUGGGAGCCUUCCACGAACAACUCUGCAGAACCGUCUUCGUUUCGACGACACGGCUGCCGCUUAUAGCGGCCGCUUAGCAACCAGGGGAGAAUGAAGAACUAUCACUAAUUGCUAAUUGCCUAGCAGAGGUGGAGAGCACACCUCAUUUUACUAAUUGCUGAUUGCCUAGCAGAGGUGAAACCACUCCCCCUCCGAUACAGCCACUGAUUACCAAAACAAGUCACAAAUUGCCCUGCCCCUUGAUCCUGGUUGAUGUGCCAACAACAAUCUGCAAAUUAUGAGCAGUCAGCAGUUCACACACCAAAUAGCCCACUGGGAAGACAGGCAGCACUUAAAGUAGAUGGCCCUAGCUAGCAACAAGACAGUACUAGACAACAACAGGAAAAUACAAAAAAAAUAAAGGUAUCCCUCCUGGAGAUAUCAGGAGUCCUCCAGCUAUAGAAUAAAGCACACUGAGAUGGAGCCUGAGAAGCUAUUUACAUACACUCAGAAAAGAGAUGAAACCACUCCCCCUCCAUUACAGCCACUGAUUACCAAAACAAGUCACACAUUACACACCUGAAUACAUUCACAGAAUAGAGAAAGAGCUCAAACUAACUGUAGCUAUUCAGCAAUGUCUGGAAGGCUAGUGGUAUUUGAAGAAGGUAUUACUAUGCUAUGAUCGGGAUGUGGUUGUUUUACCUACUUUAGUUGAAUACACUGAUUUAAGUCUCAGUGUGUUCUGCUUCAGCCUAUCUCUGACUAAAAUGUAAAUGUAGCCUAAAAUAGAAAAAUAUGAAAAGUAACUGUCACUAUUCAACAGCAUCUGGAGUUCCUUUGUCUGAUUUCUUUUCUGUCCCUCUUCAUCCAGCAGGCCUGAGCCCUAAAGGAGUUGCUGAAAGGGAGAAGGACAAGGAGCAGGUCGGUAGCGGUAUUGGAGAGGAGUCUGUAGGCCCAGGGGACUUGGUGACGGGACCCUCAGGCCUCUCUGAGACCCAGCUGGGUGCUCUUUGCUCUGAGGUGUGGCCGGUGCUGGCCGUGAUCGGAGGAGUGGACAGUGGGCUACGGGCAGGGGGGCUCUGCCUGCACAAACCCAGUGGGAGAAGGGCCACCCUGCUGGGGGUACUGAAGGAAGGAAGCCUCCUAGCCAAGCUCCAAUGGGAGGAGGCUGACCUCUCUGUCAGGUAUUACAGUACAGAUUAUAUAUACGCACAGAGACAAACAGAUGCGUGGACACACACACUCAACUGUAGAGAUUUUUUUCAUGCACAGUGCUGUUUAUUUCCAGAUGUAACUUUUGUGAUAGCAAAGCAACAAUAGAUGUCUUACAAGAUGAUUUUAUCAUAGGAAUGCUUUUACAAGAUCUGCAUCAAACUGAACUGUUUCCUUAAUUCAUCUCUAGCCCUCUCUGUCUCCAGUUCUAUCCUGUUCUGUUGUGCAUGUCUGUCUGUCUGUCUGUCUCCAGUUCCAUCCUGUUCUGUUGUGCAUGUCUGUCUGUCUGUCUGUCUGUCUGUCUGUCUGUCUGUCUGUCUGUCUGUCUGUCUGUCUGUCUGUCUGUCUGUCUGUCUGUCUGUCUGUCUGUCUGUCUGUCUGUCUGUCUGUCUGUCUGUGCAGUUCCAUCCUGUUCUGUUGUGCAUGUCUGUCUGUCUGUUUAUUUCUGUUCUGUUUUAAUCCUGUCUUUCCCUUGGUUACCUAAUUCACCCUUCUUACCUUUACUUUUUCUUCCUUUUUCUUUCCCUUCUUCAUCCCCUCCCUCCCUCUCCAUUUGUUUCAUGUCCUGGUUCUCUCACCACUAACCAAAGCUUCCUGAAUUCUUGGUCACCCAGCGACACCCCGCUCUCCUCCUUGGAGCCCUGUGACGUGCCCCAGUGUGACAUCAGCAGAUUCCGAGGCCUCAAACCCUCUGUCCUCUUAGACCUGAUCUUCCUGACCGGCCUCCUGGAGGAGCAGGAGGAGGCCCGGGGACGAGGAGGAGGUGCAGGGAGAACCAGGAAGAGCUGCUCCUCCGAACAGGAAGAGGAGGGAUGGAGCGUCCCGUGGAGCGUGCUGGAACGCAGGCUGGAUGAAGACAUCGCCCGCGUCAUGAUGGACGAUGAUGACAUUGAAAGAGGCACAGGGCUUACAGAGGAGAGGAAAGCGAGGGAAGGAGAGAAGGAGAGGGACAGUCACCCGUCCCCAACUAGAGCUCUCUCAGAGUCCUGUGACGAUCCAGAGGAGGGUAGUACCUCAUCCUCCUGCCCGCCAACCCCAACCCCAACCCUACCGACCCCCACCACCCAGCAGACCAAGCCCCAGCCGGAUGUCUUCUCCCUGGAGCUCCGGGCUGUGAGGGUUUCCUACCUCCUGCUGGGGGCCUUAAAGUCCCUGGCUGUCAUCCUCAGCUGUGGGAAGUUGACUGACCUGCUGCUGGUGCCGAAGCAUCAAGACCCCUCUACUGCUGCCAGCCUGACCAGUACCAGCCCUGACCAGGCUAAGCCAGGCUGCUCUGGUUUGAGCCCUGCCCCGGCCGGAGAAGACAGCAACGCUGCUGAAAUGAGGUAGAUUGAUUUUGAUUUUGAAUUAAUAAUAUAAUACUUAUAUAUGAUUUUAUAUAGUGCUUUUCAAAUACCCAAAUAUAAUGAAAUUACAUAUACAGUUAAAAAACAAGCGGUCAUUUAAAAAAAACUAUCAAGCAUAACUCUGUCGUUGAAUUCCAGUAUUUCCAUGAUGGUGUUUCUAGGUCUGUGCUACAGUUCAUGGUGAGGAGCAUGGUGAAGUGGGCUGUGCGACCCUGCCCUAUCAAACCGAGCGUGGCCCUGCCAGACCUGGAGAGAGCUCAGGUCAUGAUCUUCAAAGGAGCGCUCAGCACACUGCAGGAGGACAAAGGAGCCAAAGACAGGAAGGGUACUAGUACUGUUAUUAUUGAGUUAUAGAAAUGUCUAGAAUAGACGUAUAGUCCUCCGUUUUGGCCAGUCGAACAUGGCUUCAUAUUUCUAUCUGGGUUAUUAUGUGAAAGGUUAAGCUUUAACAAGUGGUACGCAAUUCUCGUUUUUUUUUUUUGAGCUGUUCAAAAUGGAAGGUGUUUUUGCAGUUUAGCUUGUUGCUGCCACUGAAGAACAGUAGGAAACAGUUUCUCUACUUUCUCCCUGUAGAGCCUGGUCACCCCUCCUCGUCCCAGCCGGUGUCCAAGUCUUCCAGCUCUGUGUCUCUCUACAGCACGGGGUCAGAGGGCACCGCCAUCUUCGGCCAAUCAAACGGAGCCUCUGCCUCGUCCUCCACCAAUGACCUGGCUGCUUCUCUGCUCUCUGCGCUGCAGGCUGAUGGCCUGGAGAACUUUAACCCUUUCCUCCCCAUCAACCUCCUGCAGUGAGUACAGAUCCAUACAUAGAUUUAUAUUUCUAUGUCAAUUUAUUUCUAUGUUAUGGUACGUUUAGUUAUUAAUGAAGGUUAAUGUCUGAAUCACAGUAGUUCUCAGUCCUUUUCAGGGCACACACACACACACACACACACACACACACACACACACACACACACACACACACACACACACACACACACACACUUUCCAUUGACAGCCUGGGUUGAUGAUGUUCUUGCUCCAGAUCCAUAUCAGUCGGCAGCUCGUCUGAGACGCAGAAGACUCAGAGUGGUGGUGAGUGUGUGAAAUGAGCCUGUGCUCUGUCUAACCCUCCCAAGGUUUCAGCUCUGCUGCAACUCUGCCUGGCUCUAAUCUAACUGCUGGCUUCCCAAAGACGAGCAGACUUACAGCACAGUUCAACUCUAUGAGCCGGUUUCCUGGACAUUUUCAAUGGAGCAACCGGCCCUACAUGUUAAAUGUAACAAACGUUUUCUACCUCUGAUGAUGAGGCUGUGAAGAUAAUUGGAAGACUCUAUUGUUACCAUACUCCAUUCUGUGGCCUCCCUCUGUCCAGGAACGUCUAGUCCUAACACACAACUCCGCUGUCUUUGUGCUAAAUGCAGCCCACUACCACUGUGUUGUUGGCUUGGCUUCCUCUAGGCGGAUGGUGUUAGCACGGUUCCCUACCCUGGCUGGCCUGGUUAAUAACCCCCCCAUGUUGCACGGUCCAGGCCCAGGCUUUGGCCUGGCCACCUCGUCUUCCUGUGAGGGCUUCACAGAGCAGCAGACCAGCUUCAUGGAGCCCUGCGCUAAUACUCAGUCCAGGAGCCGCGGCGCGGGUAAGAGAAACGCUUGUAGAGAAAUGCAUGGAAGAUUGAAGGCUAUUUGGCUGCGUGUAGACAGGCAGCCCAAUUCUGAUUAUUUUUCCCAAUUAUUGGCUAAAGAUCUGAUCUGAUUGGUUAAAAGACCAAUUAGUGGCAAAAGAUCAGAAUUGAUCUGCAUGUGUAAACAGCCUUUUAUGGUGUGCUGCCCAUCUCUUUCAAUAAGAGAACCAGUCACACAGCAACACGGACGAUCUAGCCUGGUCCCAGAUAUGUGUGCAGUUGGCUAUACAGCGCAGACAGGUCUGAGAGCAGGCUACAGAUCAGCUCCGCUCCGUCAAUAACAGGACGGGAUAGAUACCGUGUCGCUCACGGGGAAGUUUAUGUCUGUCUGUCUGCAUGUCAUGGCAUGUUGAAUGACAUGUCCAGCUAAUGUUCAUUACUCUAGUUAUUUUUGUUAUGGGGUGCUUGAUUUUGACAACCAGAGCUUGUGGAUUUUCUGUCAUUUUGAAUGGGUUUGUGAAUUUGUAUAUGAAGAGUUGAUUGAUGCCUGCAUGAAAUCAGUUUGUCAUCUACUCACAUUGCUUGAAUGGAACCAUUUUAAUUUUGUGUUGAAAAUGAACAGUCAUGAGUAGAACGACACGAAGCCCUCUACGUGUAAAAUUCAUCCAGUUCUUUCUGUAUAAACCAAAGAAUUUUAGGAUGGUGACAAUUGUUUUGGGAAAGGUGCAGCUUGCUCAAUGAGUUCACACUUCCGUUGUCUGUGCUUGCCUUCAGGUCCAUAGUGUACUGUUCUGCAAAUCAAUUUAGGGACUGCCUCUGGUAAAAACAAGUUCACUUUUUUCUUUGUAGGGACUAAAGUCCAACUGUUACUGCAGUGGUACUCACAGUGCGUUCGGAAAGUAUUCAGAACCCCUUCCCGUUUUCCACAUUUUGUUACGUUACAGCCUUAUUCUAAAAUUGCUUAAAUAAAUAAAAAUCCUCAUCAAUCUACACACAAUACCCCAUAAUGACAAAGCAAAAACAGGUUUUUGUAAAUAUUUGCAAAUGUAUUAAAAAUAAAAAAAAACAUAAAUGCCUUAUUUUACUGUAUAUUACUACUGCAAUACUUUUGCAUUUCAGCAUGAUAGGAUGUUGUCGUUGCCUUCAUUGUAUGUUGACAUGUUAAACAUUUUACUGUCGAUGACAGAUUUGUUGGCUUGUUUUCCCUUUCUUUACCUUGUUUCUCCUCAAUUUCUAGAACGGCCUCAAAUGUUUGUCCCAGUCCGCUUACUAGAAAUGGGCUUCUCUAUGAGACAUAUCUACAAGGCCAUGGAGGCAGCAGGUAUUGCUGUCGCUGUGCUCUGUGUGUUUAGUGUGGUGUUUACUGUGCUCCAUCCGCUUUCUGUGUUGUCGGCUAGUUUCUGCUUUUCCAGAGUUUUUUUUUUGUGUGUGUUUUUUUAGGCCUACUCCUAUGGCUUUCCUCUUUGCAUGCGGCCUAUCGAAAUGUGGCGUAGAAUACACACUGGUAUAUUACAAUCAGGGGUAGGAACUGAAAUUAUUUUCCAAUCGUUUCGUCCUAAAAAAUAACCAUUAUUUUUUUCCAUUCCAUUCCACUGUUCCGACAAGCAAAAUAUAAGUUCUGAACCGGUUAGAACCAAAAACAAAAGUUACGGUUAAUAUUUUUUCUGUUCCUUUUAAACCUCAGAAACAUAUUAUUUUUACAUUUAGCUCGACGUUAAAUGACUUCACCAAUCAGUGCGGGUAGAGCAGCUUGCUAUGGUGCAGGCAAGCUAUAGUUGUUUACAUGCGUGAUGGAUAGAGUGUAGGGCGCGAGAUGCGACUGACAUUUUUCUGGUGGCGAGAAAGCGAGAGAGAGAGAGAGGGUGGAGGCUUGGCUUGAAGCGCUGGGCAUCUUGUUAUGACAUGCAUUAUCUGAAUUAGGCCCACAUAAUUAUACCUACGGAGGAGCAACCUCUAUGGAGGACCUUUUAAAUGUCUUUGAACUUCCGAAAGUUUGCUUAAUGUUGGACAAGAGCUAGCUAGCUAACAAGCUUGUGUGUGCAGAGCAGCACCAGAAUUAAAAACACUUCUUAACUUUUUGUAGUUCAUAAAUCCAAUGUGAAACGUGAUAACUGUAGUAUCCUUCACUAGCAUUGAAAAAGUUAAUGCAUUCUUCGCUAAUAAAAAAUCUCUCUCUAAUUUCUGAAUCACGCUUGUACGUCAGUAGGAUACAGUAGCCUAUUGUUCGGAGGGGGAGGGGCAGGUAACCUGCACACACUGGCAAAGAUUUUCAGCUGGCAGGCAGACACUGGAAGAAGUUUCUGAGUGACAGAGUGAGUGCUUUGCUGCGUUUUUUUGUGGACUGGAAAAAUAUUCCUGAAACAUAAAAUAACAUUAUUAACCGGUUCCCAUGCUUUUAAAAUAACGGUUCUGUUCCGGAAGAGUGUAGAUCACUUUCGUUCCCGGUUCUGAUUCUGUUCCUCUAAAAAUGUUGUUCUUUCCUUGUUUUCGGUUUUGUUCCCUUAACAGGUUCCAACUCCUGAUUACAAUAGACACUAGUAUAUUAUUAUUCAUAGAUGUUGUUAGGCAUUUAGAUUAUAAAUCGUAAAAUUACAUAUCGUGAUUCAUGAAUGUAACUUUUUCAAACCAGCCAGCAAGUAUGUGAAAUGAUAGGCUCAUGGUGAUACAACUGGUCAUUUUCUGUUCCCUCUCCUUGGCAUACUGUACCCCACUCAAAUCUAUCUGGCUCCUUCUCAAUUAAGCCCUGUUAACCAGGUUUCUGGAUUAUUUGAUCAAAUUUUACUGUAUAGUGAGAAAGGAUUUUAGAUAUUGAUAUUGAUUGAUAUACAUUUCAGGUUAAUUGUAAACACCACUGUUUUGUUAAACACAUGAAUCCGCAUGUGCAUGUUUUCAAUACUAAUUAUAUUUGAUGCUUAUCCUGAAUACCUAGUCAUUGAAUUAGAUUGAAUAGGGCCCUCACUCUCUCCGCCUCUCUCACACUUUUGCUUGACUUCUUUACUCCUUUCCUAGUACUGUCGUCCAUCUUCCCUAUAUUAGUUUGAUUGAAUGUACUUCCAUCACAAACUUUCAAAUCUAACACUGUGUGUAAUGUGUCCCUUUCAAAUGAUUGACUUUGACUUGUCAUUGCCUUUAUGCAAUAUCCCCCUUUUUAAAAAGGGCCUGUGUCCCCUCACCUGGACUUGAUCUCUUACCUCUCCUUGACCUUUGACCCCAGGUGUGGCAGGUGAGGUAGACUCGCGGACCAUCGAGGUGCUGGCUAGCUGGAUGUUGGAGCACCCCCUGACUCAGGAGCUGCAGAUGGAGACCCAGCCAGCAGGAGGAUCCACCACUGAAACCCCCUCCCCUGACGGACCGGAGACCGUCCAAUGCCCCGAGGCCCCCACCAGCGAACCCAAUGAAAGGUCAGACAGAACUACAGAAACAAACUUUUUGUUUUGAUUCUUUUUUAUUAUUUAUUAUUUAUAGUGGAGCUGUGUCGAUUAAUCAGCCAGGAGUUAUUAAGGGUAGGAGAGCUGUGUCGAUUAAUCAGCCAGGAGUUAUUAAGGGUAGGAGAGCUGUGUCGAUUAAUCAGCCAGGAGUUAUUAAGGGUAGGAGAGCUGUGUCGAUUAAUCAGCCAGGAGUUAUUAAGGGUGGGAGAGCUGUGUCGAUUAAUCAGCCAGGAGUUAUUAAGGGUGGGAGAGCUGUGUCGAUUAAUCAGCCAGGAGUUAUUAAGGGUGGGAGAGCUGUGUCGAUUAAUCAGCCAGGAGUUAUUAAGGGUAGGAGAGCUGUGUCGAUUAAUCAGCCAGGAGUUAUUAAGGGUAGGAGAGCUGUGUCGAUUAAUCAGCCAGGAGUUAUUAAGGGUGGGAGAGCUGUGUCGAUUAAUCAGCCAGGAGUUAUUAAGGGUGGGAGAGCUGUGUAGAUUAAUCAGCCAGGAGUUAUUAAGGGUGGGAGAGCUGUGUCGAUUAAUCAGCCAGGAGUUAUUAAGGGUGGGAGAGCUGUGUCGAUUAAUCAGCCAGGAGUUAUUAAGGGUAGGAGAGCUGUGUCGAUUAAUCAGCCAGGAGUUAUUAAGGGUGGGAGAGCUGUGUCGAUUAAUCAGCCAGGAGUUAUUAAGGGUGGGAGAGCUGUGUCGAUUAUCAGCCAGGAGUUUAUUAAGGGUGGGAGAGCUGUGUCGAUUAAUCAGCCAGGAGUUAUUAAGGGUGGGGAGAGCUGUGUCGAUUAAUCAGCCAGGAGUUAUUAAGGGUGGGAGAGCUUGUGUCGAUUAAUCAGCCAGGAGUUAUUAAGGGUGGGAGAGCUGUGUCGAUUAAUCAGCCAGGAGUUAUUAAGGGUGGGAGAGCUGUGUCGAUUAAUCAGCCAGGAGUUAUUAAGGGUAGGAGAGCUGUGUCGAUUAAUCAGCCAGGAGUUAUUAAGGGUGGGAGAGCUGUGUCGAUUAAUCAGCCAGGAGUUAUUAAGGGUGGGAGAGCUGUGUCGAUUAAUCAGCCAGGAGUUAUUAAGGGUGGGAGAGCUGUGUCGAUUAAUCAGCCAGGAGUUAUUAAGGGUGGGAGAGCUGUGUCGAUUAAUCAGCCAUAAAUUCAACAUACAUUUAUUUAUUUAUUAAAGAAGCAUGUCAGUUUGAGAGAUCAAGAUUGAGAGCAACAGAUUGUUUCUGUGGAUAAAGAUUGUGUUGGCUUGGUUGAGUUGGAAGAUGAGUUACUGUUAUUGUGUUGCAGUCUGCUGGCAGGCCUGGACCAGGUGGAGAGGGAGAACUUCCUAGAUGUUCACCUGACCAGGAACAGGCCUCCCCCGGCCAGACGCCAGCGCUCCAGCUUGGGGCACAGAACCUCCUUUAGGAGAGCAGGUCAGCACGGCCUCCAACAGGAAGAUAUUUGGAUAGCUGACCUGAAGCUCUCUGUCUGUGACAUUGAUGGGUUUCUAUCUGAGGCUAAGGGGAUAUCAUGCGGUGUCCCUCGGGGCUCAAUACUAGGACCGCUACUGUUCCUGUUGUAAAUUAAAUGCCGGCAGCAGUGAAAUGUGUACUCCUGCUGUAUGCAGACAACUCUGCCUUGCUGGUGUUAGGAAAGGAUUCUGGGUGGAUUGAGGGGCAUUAAGCAAAGUGUUGUACAAUGCUUUCAUAUGUUAUCCUGUGGGGGGCUAUGUUAAUAUGUUAUCCUGUGGGGGGCUAUGUUAAUAUGUUAUCCUGUGGGGGGCUAUGUUAAUAUGUUAUCCUGUGGGGGGCUAUGUUAAUAUGUUAUCCUCUGGGGGGCUAUGUUAAUAUGUUAUCCUGUGGGGUGCUAUGUUAAUAUGUUAUCCUCUGGGGGGCUAUGUUAAUAUGUUAUCCUGUGGGGGGGCUAUGUUCAUAUGUUAUCCUGUGGGGGGCUAUCUGUCUUUUUAAGUGUAAAAAAGAAGGGGGGAAAAGACUAGUAAGAGACAGUCAUUUACUGUCCAUUGUGACUCUUGUUCUUGCUAACCUACUAUAUUUCCACCACCAUCCUUUCUUCCUCCAGACUCUCCGUCCCCCAACCCCAUCCCACCGCCGUACAGGCAGGACCCAGGGGUGUCUGAGUGGCCGGAGCGGGCGGAGACGCACCCCUUCGCUGCUGAGGAGGAGUCAGAGUUGGGGUACAUGGAUGACCCCUACCAUGAAGAGCCCUACGACGAGCUACAGUUUAGAGAGUUCAUCAGCUCAGAGAGAGACACCCUCUGGAUGGUCGAGGUACUACAUCACAUUUCACAAUCACAGAGCCUGGAAAGAUAUAUAAGCGCGAUGACGUUUAGGUUAAAAACAUGACGUUUCGGCCGCCAACGGCCUUCAUUAAAAAGAACAAACGGUAGUACAGAACUAGGCAAAAAAAGGGUUUAGGCCAGGUUUGGAAUCAAUUCCAUUUCAAAUCAGUCAAUUCAGGCAGGUAACUGUUGAAGUUGAAUUGAUCCCAACCCUGGGUCAGUCCAGUUGACAUUGUUGUUGUUUCCCCCAGGGGGGCGAGGAGCACCACGAGCCCCAUGAGAUGGUGGAGUGUGAGCUGUGUUCCACCCUGACCCUGCAGUUCAACAACCACAUGAAGAGGCACCACCCGGGCUGCGGCCAGAGCGCUGGGAGGCGAGGGUACCGCUCCACCGGGGCAUACGUGGACGGGUGGUUCGGAGGGGAGUGCGGGUCCGGUAGCCCCUACUACCUGCUCUGUAGCACCUGUAGAGAGAAGUACCUGGCAGCUAACCUGGGGGAGAUUGGAUCCAAACAUGACCGGUGAGUAAGAAAUGCACCUUAUGCUUAAGGAUGCCUUUUCGUGCAGGAGUCACACACACGCUCGCAUAUUGCUCUUUUUCAUGGUCCUUCGAGCCGGAUAGAUGUGUAUGCUUGUUAAAAGUACAACAACAUUUCAGUCUGUCAGUUACUCCCAGGCAUACUGUUCCUCUCUCCUCAGAAUGAAAGGGCUUGCUUCUGAUUUGAUUGGACGACUGGACAGCACCUCCGAUGGUAAGGAUUUGACCCCAGGAUUUUUCACAGGAAAAAUGCUUUCUUCUGCUCUGUGAGUAAUAUGUUCAGAAGUUUAAGUGACUCCCCUUGACCUCUUAUUCAAGAUUUGAGUCAUGCCUCAGUGAACCAAGGUUUUCUUCUGAUAAAUGUGCUCGGAGACAGUGAAUCAUCUGGUGAAUCAUAUCCAGGUCCUCCUCGUAAAAGAGGUUUCUAACCUCAACGGUCUUUUCCUGGAUAAAUAAAGGUUCAAUGAAAAUAUGAGUAAAUACAUUGAAAAUAAAUAAAGACUCAUGGAGGUAUCUUCUUCUUCCACCCAGAAGACUGGGAGUUGGGGCAGCUACACGACUGUGACCCAGACCGGCUGACUGGCCUGGAGGACUUUGGGGUGUUGCUGAGGCCUCUGGGUCUGAGUGAGAAGAAACUGGUGCCAGACCCCAUUCCCUUCACAGAGAACGACCCGCUGGGAGCUCUGGUCAACAGCACCAGCAACCCUGACGGGUCCAUGAUCCAGAAAGGUACUGUAUUUCACAUGGAGCAAACUAGAGUUGCAGAAAUCCCCAAAUUGUACCAAAACUCCUUGGUUGGAGGAUUUCUGCAAUCAACAGGGAAUAAGCUGCAAGGCAAUCCUCCAACCUACAAUCCUUCAACUGGGAUUUCUGGAAAAAAUUAGAGAAUUCUGGUGAACGUUUUCAGGACUUUUACAACCCUACAGCAAACAAUACAGGCCAAAUGAUGUGAAAAUAUUUUUUUAAAAGGCUCACAUAGAUUUUGUAAUGUAUUGUGUAUCUUUGGUGUACAGGUGUGGUCAGCACUGACCCUAAGGGGUUAGGUCCCUCUGGCCGUCUGAGUCUGGGGGAGCAGGCAGCAUUGCUGAGAGACCCUCAGGACAGACUGCAGGCUCUAAGGAGAGUGACCUCUACGGCCCAGAUACUACUGGCGUACAGCAUGGUGAUGAGGGCACUCUCCCAGACAUCCUCCAGGUUUGUUGGGUUGUUUAUUUGGAUCGAUAUCCCCACAAUGCGGGUUAGCCUAAUGUUCAGAGAGUCCAGCAACAUUUUACAUUUACAUUUUAGUCAUUUUAGCGGACGCUCUUAUCCAGAGCGACUUACAGUUAGUGAGUGCAUACAUUUUCAUACUGGCACCCCGUGGGAAUUGAACCCACAACCCUAGCGUUGCAAACACCAUGCUCUACCAACUGAGCUACACAGUGGCUACCCUCCAGGCUCCUCCUCUGAUGAGGUAUUUCAAUACACAUUUGCUACUGAAAACUAGCUUAUUUCACCCACAACGUUGUUUUGUUAGUCUUAUGAAACCUUUUAAAUUGGUGUGAAACCAGUGACCUGCAAGCUUCUGUUAUUGUUUUUCUGACAGGCCAAAUGUCAGACUAUUCUUCAAACAAUUCCUGUGCCGUUGUUCUAGUGAUGAAGUGAUUUUAAAAUGGUACGCAUCAUAUGUUACAGUUGAUAGCUCAGUAUUAGAACACUACAGGGAUGGGCUGUGAUCUGUUACCUGUAGAACACUGCAGGGCUGUGAUCUGUUACCUGUAGAACACUGCAGGGCUGUGAUCUGUUACCUGUAGAACACUGCAGGGCUGUGAUCUGUUACCUGUAGAACACUGCAGGGCUGUGAUCUGUUACCUGUAGAACACUGCAGGGCUGUGAUCUGUUACCUGUAGAACACUGCAGGGCUGUGAUCUGUUACCUGUAGAACACUGCAGGGCUGUGAUCUGUUACCUGUAGAACACUGCAGGGCUGUGAUCUGUUACCUGUAGAACACUGCAGGGCUGUGAUCUGUUACCUGUAGAACACUGCAGGGCUGUGAUCUGUUACCUGUAGAACACUGCAGGGCUGUGAUCUGUUACCUGUAGAACACUGCAGGGCUGUGAUCUGUUACCUGUAGAACACUGCAGGGCUGUGAUCUGUUUACCUGUAGAACACUGCAGGGCUGUGAUCUGUUACCUGUAGAACACUGCAGGGCUGUGAUCUGUUACCUGGAGAACACUGCAGGGCUGUGAUCUGUUACCUGGAGAACACUGCAGGGCUGUGAUCUGUUACCUGUAGAACACUGCAGGGCUGUGAUCUGUUACCUGUAGAACACUGCAGGGCUGUGAUCUGUUACCUGUAGAACACUGCAGGGCUGUGAUCUGUUACCUGUAGAACACUGCAGGGUUUCCCCCUCAAUGAAUACAAGUUGUUCCCUCUAUCACCCUCCCUCUCUUGUCUGUCUCUCUCUCCCUCCCCCCCUCCCUCGCUCUCUACUCCCCUCUCUCUCCCUCCCCUCUCUCUCCCUCCUCCCUCCCCCUCUCUCUCCCUCUCAUCUCCGCCUCUCUCUCUCCUCCCUCUCUCUCUCUCUCUUCUCUCUCUCUCUCUCUACUCUCUCUCUCUCUCUCUCUCUCUCUCCUCUCUCUCUCUCUCCCUCCCCCUCUCGCCCUCUUCUCUCUGCCCCCCCCCCCCCCCCCCCCCCCUACUUUUAUUAAUUUUCUACUUCUCUCCCUCUCUUUCCCAGUGUGUCAGUGUGCCGUGCCUCUAGUGGACUGGAGGCCUUGGGCCUGGCAGACAUCCGUAUCCUGGUGCGUCUGAUGUGUCUGGCAGCGGCGGGCCGGGUCCAUGCCAGUGUUGACCAGCAGGGGGAGGCAGGGGGUAGCAGAGGCUGUGGUGGGGCUACAGAGAGAAGCAGCUCUGCCCUCCUCUCCUUCCUUAGCUCAGCUAUAGGCAGCCUGGUCUCACACAGCCCCACAGCAUACAGGGAGCUGGUGGACAUCUGCACUCAGGUGUGUGAGUCUGUACUCUGGCUGGCUCCAUAUGUCUUAGACUGUCUAUCAAGGUUGGGGUAAUUCCGUUUCAAUUCAGGAAGUAAACUUCAAAUUCCAACUCCAAUUUUAGUUGCAUGUCUUACAUUUGGCGUAGUCGGUAGGAUAUGGAAUUUCAGUUUUCUUCUGGAAUUGACCCCAACCUUGGUGUCUACAUUUUUCCAUCACCGUCUAAAGAAUAUAUGGUGCUGUCAUAAAUGUAAUCUUUCUCUACUAACCCUAAUGUCACCCCUUGGUCCGGUGAUAGGAUCUGAUGGCAGCUGCCACAGGGAUGAACCUUGGUGCCAUCAGUGAUCCUGCACAGAGAGUUCGUCUGACUUCCACCCUGAAGAGGGCGCCACAACAAGACGUCACACCCCUCACACCUCCCACCUUCCUGGUCACACAGAGUCUGGUCUCCCUGCUCACAGAGAAGGGCAUCCGCUACUGCUACACUCCAGACAGAACUGUUACCGAGCCGCAUGAGUCUAAAGGUGAGAGGAAGGGACUUUUAUGCCAAAGUCACAAAAUAAGUUGUUGUGUUUGGUAAGGUAAAAAAAAUAAUGAAAUCCAGGUAGUACAUCCACAUUGCACUCUGUAACAUUUCCCCCCUACUGGACACAACCCUGGUUUAGAAACAUGGAGCUGUAGAGAGGUUUGAUUGAUUGGUGCUACCUCAUGACGGCUGUUGUGUUUCCCCGAUUGGUCCAGGUCCAGACGCUGGUAGCCCAUCUGCUGCUGUACCUCCUCCCCAGGCAGGGGCGAGAGUGGGACCCUCUGGAGCUGGCCAACGCCCUGGCUGCCUGUGCCCUGUCUGCCAGGCUGACCAGUAAACACCGUCAGUGGGCAACCCAGCAGCUGGUCCAGGCCCUGGCAGCCUCAGAGAGGCAGAGGGACAACCCCAUCCGGCCUCAGACCUACAGCGACAUGGCUGGAGACCUGAGGAAGUGUCCUCUGAAGAAGCUAGAGGGACAUCACGGCAGGGUACGGGACUAAGAUACUUAGGCUAUUUCCCAAUUUGCCUUUCCUCAAAUAUUCAUAUCCUCUCUCCUCACAUCCUUCUGAAAACGCAUUGAAGGAGACGGUCCGAGGGGAGGGACCUUGGACCAUCUCCUCCAAUGCGGUUUGAGGAGACGAGGAGAGAGGAAAGAGUAAUUGAAAAAGCCCCAGUGAAAGUUAUGCUUACUAAUGAGGUUCCUAUGAUUUUAAGUUCCUGUUUGUUGGAUACUGAUGUUGACCUGGUGGUUGUUGUUGCAGGUGACCAGCUGUACGUGGAACAAUGAGCAGGGUCUGUUGGCCACUGGAGCUCAGGACGGGACAGUCAGACUGUGGGACGUCAACCAGAACACUGCUGACCUGCAGUGCACACACUCCUGUAGCAUCAGGUGAGGGAACACGCUAGAUAUCGCCAUGACAUACAGUAUGGGUCAAUACUUCAGAAAUGCAUCCUACUUUGAGGUAAGCACAGCUCGCAUAAAUGCAAGGUUACCACCCUGUUACUUCCACCAAUGCAACCAAUUCCGAUCUGUGAUUAUUUCUGAGGAGGUUGGAAAAGAAGGAUGCCUUUCUAAGGUAUUGGAACAGGGACAUGAAAGAUGUGGUGCUGUUAGGAGUAGAGUUCAUGACAAUCCUGUCCUAUUCCCCCAGUGAUGACAGGCGGUGCUCUGAAGCAGCAGGUGGUGCUCACCUGGUUUCUGCUGUCUACUGGAGCUCAGGAGGUACCCUCCUCGCUGCCUUCCACAACAAGAUCAUCAACAUCUGGACUGUCAACGGUAUGUACAGUAGUAACUGGUCCCCCAACCUUUUAACCAUGUUUGUAGUUCAGCAGAAGUUUUCAUAUGUUCGGAUGCUCUGAUGAAGGUCAACUGUGACCGAAGGAUUGUUUCGGAUGCUCAGAUUUUUUUAUUUAUUUUUUUCACCUUUAUUUAACCAGGUAAGCCAGUUGAGAACAAGUUCUCAUUUACAACUGCGACCUGGCCAAGUUAAAGCAAAGCAGUGCGAUUAAAAACAACAACAACACAGAGUUACAUAUGGGGUAAAACAAAACAUAAAGUCAAAAAUACCACAGAAAAUAUAUAUACAGUGUGUGCAAAUGUAGCAAGUUAUGGAGGUAAGGCAAUAAAUAGGCCAUAGUGCAAAAUAAUUACAAUUGGUAUUAACAUUGGAAUGCUAGAUGUGCAAGAGAUGAUGUGCAAAUAGAGAUACUGGGGUGCAAAUGAGCAAAAUAAAUAACAAUAUGGGGAUGAGGUAGUUGGGUGGGCUAAUUUCAGAUGGGCUGUGUACAGGUGCAGUGAUCGGUAAGGUGCUCUGACAACUGAUGCUUAAAGUUAGUGAGGGAGAUAAGAGUCUCCAGCUUCAGAGAUUUGUGCAGUUCGUUCCAGUCAUAGGCAGCAGAGAACUGGAAGGAAUGGCGGCCAAAGGAAGUGUUGGCUUUGCGGAUGACCAGUGAGAUAUACCUGCUGGAGCGCAUACUACGGGUGGGUGUUGCAAUGGUGACCAAUGAGCUAAGAUAAGGCGGGGAUUUGCCUAGCAGUGAUUUAUAGAUGACCUGGAGCCAGUAGGUUUGGCGACGAAUAUGUAGUGAGGGCCAUCCAACGAGAGCGUACAGGUCACAAUGGUGGGUAGUAUAUGGGGCUUUGGUGACAAAACGGAUGGCACUGUGAUAGACCACAUCCAAUUUGCUGAGUAGAGUGUUGGAGGCUAUUUUGUAAAUGACAUCGCCGAAGUCAAGGAUCGGUAGGAUAGUCAGUUUUACGAGGGCAUGUUUGGCAGCAUGAGUGAAGGAGGCUUUGUUGCAAAAUAGGAAGCCGAUUCUAGAUUUAACUUUGGAUUGGAGAUGCUUAAUGUGAGUCUGGAAGGAGAGUUUACAGUCUAACCAGACACCUAGGUAUUUGUAGUUGUCCACAUACUCUAGGUCAUACCCGUCGAGAGUAGUGAUUCUAGUCGGGUGGGCGGGUGCCAGCAGCGUUCGAUUGAAGAGCAUGCAUUUAGUUUUACUAGUGUUUGAGCAGUUGGAGGCUACGGAAGGAGUGUUGUAUGGCAUUGAAGCUCGUUUGGAGGUUUGUUAACACAGUGUCCAAUGAAGGGCCAGAUGUAUACAAAAUGGUGUCGUCUGCGUAGAGGUGGAUCUGAGAGUCACCAGCAGCAAGAGCGACAUCAUUGAUACACAUAGAGAAAAGAGUCGGCCCAAGAAUUGAACCCUGUGGCACCCCCAUAGAGACUGCCAUAGGUCCAGAAAACAGGCCCUCCGAUUUGACACAUUGAACUCUAUCUGAGAAGUAGUUAUACUCCCGAGUGGCGCAGUGGUCUAAGGCACUGCAUCGCAGUGCUAGCUGUGCCACUAGAGAUCCUGGUUCGAAUCCAGGCUCUGUCGUAGCCGGCCGCGACCGGGAGACCCAUGGGGCGGCGCGCACAAUUGGCCCAGCGUCGUCCAGGGUAGGGGAGGGAUUUGGCCGGCAGGGGAUGUAGCUCAGUUGGUAGAGCAUGGCGUUUGCAACGCCAGGGUUGUGGGUUCGAUAGAAUAAUGUAUGCACUAACUGUAAGAGCGUCUGCUAAAUGACUUAAAUGUAAAUGUAGUUGGUGAACCAGGCGAGGCAGUCAUUUGAGAAACCAAGGCUAUUUAGUCUGCCAAUAAGAAUGCGGUGGUUGACAGAGUCGAAAGCCUUGGCCAGGUCAGUGAAGACAGCUGCACAGUACUGUCUAAUAUCGACCGCGGUUAUAAUAUCGUUUAGGACCUUGAGCGUGGCUGAGGUGCACCAAUGACCAGCUCGGAAACCGGAUUGCAUAGCGGAGAAGGUACGGUGGGAUUCGAAAUGGUCGGUGAUCUGUUUGUUAACUUGGCUUUCAAAAACUUUCGAAAGGCAGGGCAGGAUGGAUUUAGGUCUGUAACAGUUUGGAUCUAGAGUGUCACCCCCUUUGAAGAGGGGGAUGACCGCGGCAGCUUUCCAAUCUCUGGGGAUCUCAGACGUUACGAAAGAGAGGUUGAACAGGCUAGUAAUAGGGGUUGCGACAAUUUUGGCGGCUAUUUUUAGAAAGAAGGGGUCCAGAUUGUCUAGCCCAGAUGAUUUGUAGGGGUCCAGAUUUUGCAGUUGAUGAAGGUCAACUCUGACCGAAAGCUUGGCAAAAAAAAAGGGGUUUUCCUUUGCUCUUCAUUAAAUAUGUUGAAAGCAUUAAAUAUGUAUCUUAUCUGGGAUUCUGAUCAAUGGUCUUUUAAAUUAAAAUAAUCCCAAACUUUAUAAUUAAUUUAUAAUCUCUCUGUUGUGGUUCAUCCAGGAGCCCAGGGCCACAUGGAGGCCCAGCUGUCCUGGGUGACAGCCCUCUCCUGGGUGCAGACCUCCAGCCCCUUCCCCUCCCAGGGUGGCAGCGUCGGGAGGGAUGCCCAGCCAGAGAGCCUGUUGGUGGGCCGCCUGGACGGAUCCCUCUGCUGGCUGCAGGUCACUGAAGACUUCACCAUAGAGAGCACCGAGCUCACCCUCUGCCACAGGAAAGAAUGUGAGUUACAUUUAUACUGUCUGACUGCUGAUCUAUUAAGUGGCUAUUUUUAGUAUUAGUAUAUAGAGGAAACAAGUGCUCAAAUAUAGCUGCCAGCAGACACAACAUGGGUCCAAGCCAAGUAGCCAUUAAGUAAGAAAUGGCUUUUGUUUAUGACAAAUUGGUCAAUGAGUAGUGUUCUCAGUGGUCAUGGACUGGUUGAUGUGUGAUAUCUUGCUCCUCUCUCUCCCCUCCCAGCUCCUCAGUGUGUGGCGUGGCACAGUGUGGACAAGCCCUUUGCUGUGGGUUACCCUGAUGGGAAGAUCCUACUGGCCACCGCUGGAUCCUACGAGACUGAACAGCCACUAAUACUGUCUGCCUUCCCUGUAAGUCAACGCACACUUUUACAUCCAUAUAAUUGUAUAGUCAUUCACAGGCCACUCUUUAACUAACUCUGUUGUGUCGCUACCAUUGUUAUCAACAUUCUACAGACGCCGAAGCCAUAGUGAUGUUCUAAAGUAGAACGGGGGGCUAAUGACUCUUUCGUCUAAUUUACACUGUAUGGGCUUUAGACAGAUGGCAAUAUUGUCAUUAGCUAGCAAAGUUUGUCAAAAAUAGCUAGCGAUGCUAACGUUAGCUAGCUAAAAUCUGGAGGUCUCCCCUCAAUCUUAGCUAGCUAGCUAGCUAGCUAGCUAAUGUUCUACUGCAUCUAAAGUACAUCUGGCGACAUCAAAAUGAUGACAAAAGGUUUUUCUACUAAUUAUUUGCCUUUUGAAAUGUCAUGAUGUUUUCAUGCCACAGGAAUGCACUUCAGACCAAACUUCAUCAGCGCUCAAUGAGGAAGCGUUGAGUAGAAUGCUCAGGUUGUCAUCAGUCCUAAAACGAAAGUUCAAAACAAUGUGACGCAACGUGCUAUCCAGGAAUACUUGAAAAUACAAUAAAUGGUUUCAAUUCAGCAAACUAAGCUGAAAAACAACACGUCCAGAAAAUCCAAGAUUGCAAGCAAAACAUUUGUCAAAUAAAGUCAGAAUUAUCCAUUCACCUGAUGUAGCCAGCCCUCCUCACGUCUCUCUCCUCUCCCCCCAAUCUCUCUCUCUCUCUCUCUGCCUCAAUCCGCCCCCCAUCUCUCUCCAGGAGAGUGUCAGCCUCCUGCGCUGGGACCCCACAGGUCACCUCCUCCUCUCCACGGGCCGCUCUGAGGUGGUGAAGAUCUGGGGGCGGGCGGGAGGCACCUGGAUCACCCUCCACUCCCUGUUCCACACGGGCACCGUCAACACGGCCGAGUGGUGCCCGCUGCCGGGCAGAGGACCCGAACCACGCCUUAUGAUGGCUGUGUGAGUACCAGGGAAUAAGGAGAGUGUAUAAACAGAAUAAUUAGUAUAUUAUUAUUAGCUAUAUUUGACAGUGACAAUGCACAUUGAUCAACGUUUCUGUAUAUAUGUGUCAAAUUUACCCAGCUCGCAAAUGUAGUCCCUGUGAACCGUAGUCCUUGUAGACAUCCGAUGUUGUUAUAACAGUGUUUUCAGCUCUUACUAACUUAGUCCCUUUAUUUCCUCUCUCUUUUUUAGUGGGAGCCAGAAUGGGCUUCUGAAUGUGUGGACUCUGCCACAGGGGGGCACUAAUGUGUCACUUCCUAAAUUCCUGGGCAGCUCAUCCAGUCAGGAGAACAACAGUGGCAUCAAGGUCAGUACAGUCAGUGUCUUCUGUAGAGCUCAGUGGCAUCAAGGUCAGUACAGUCAGUGUCUUCUGUAGAGCUCAGUGGCAUCAAGGUCAGUACAGUCGGUGUCUUCUGUAGAGCUCAGUGGCAUCAAGGUCAGUACAGUCGGUGUCUUCUGUAGAGCUCAGUGGCAUCAAGGUCAGUACAGUCAGUGUCUUCUGUAGAGCUCAGUGGCAUCAAGGUCAGUACAGUCGGUGUCUUCUGUAGAGCUCAGUGGCAUCAAGGUCAGUACAGUCGGUGUCUUCUGUAGAGCUCAGUGGCAUCAAGGUCAGUACAGUCAGUGUCUUCUGUAGAGCUCAGUGGCAUCAAGGUCAGUACAGUCGGUGUCUUCUGUAGAGCUCAGUGGCAUCAAGGUCAGUACAGUCGGUGUCUUCUGUAGAGCUCAGUGGCAUCAAGGUCAGUACAGUCGGUGUCUUCUGUAGAGCUCAGUGGCAUCAAGGUCAGUACAGUCAGUGUCUUCUGUAGAUCUUAGUUAUGACCGAGAUAAGCGGCUUCGGUUAUGUCUCCUUUCUUCUCCGAUUUCCUCUGACACCUAAAUGGAAACGGGAAGAAGAACGUUGUCAGUUGUCUUUGUGGAGAACAGAAAUGUUUAUCUCCUUCUAAGUCCAGUGACUCUUUUAUUCACCGUGUCUUGAUCUAUGUGGUGUUUGCUUCCCUAGCGUGGCAGUGCCAAGUGUGUGUUCAGACUGAGUGGUCACAUCACAGCAGUGAAGACCCUGUCGUUCUGCCCCAGUGGUCUGGCCCUGGUGUCUGGAGGGAUAGGAGGAAUACUCAACAUCUGGUCUCUACAGGUGAGAGCUGUGGCAUGAUGGACUACACUACCAAUAAUGCACUGUGUAGCAAAUCCGGUGAUCAGUGAUGUGUGUUCUAAUCUUAUCCUGGUUCCCCUCUCCUACAGGAUGGUUCCAUCCUACAGACGGUGGUGACAGGCCUGGGCUCAGUGGUCAGUACCACCUGGAUACCAAACGUAGGGGUGGCCGCCUGCUCUGGGAGGUCAAAGGUUAGUCCAGUAUGCCUUUCAUUGCACUGGGCCUCAGGCUCGAUCUCUUAAAAAUCUGUCCUGUCCUCAUCUCCCCCUUCAUCUCCACUGAUUGGACCAGACUUGACAGGUGCAAACAGAAUGGUGCGAGCUUAUCAUUAGGCUGGCUUUCACCUGGUCACUUCUUUCAGAUCAGUGCAGUUGAAAGAGACGGGGAGGAGAUGAAAGGACAGGUUUUUAGACUGAGAAAGAGACCUAGGGAACAGGGUCUGAUGUCUGACCUCCCCUCCAACAGGAUGCGCUGCUGAUCCGCUGUACGUCAGACUGGAUCUCCCAGAACCACGUGUUGGCAUCCUGCCGCACCGUCCUCAGAACACAGGGCAUUCUGGGUCUGAACCGUGCGCCCUGCAUGGCCGUCUUCCUGGAGAGACUUCCCACACUGCUGCAGGAGCAGUACAGCUACGAGAGGGUUAGUACAGCACAGCUAGUUAGUUAUCUAUUUAGUUAGUAUGGCCCAUGCAUGGCCGUCUUCCUGGAGAGACUUCCCACACUGCUGCAGGAGGCUGGAUAGCUUUACACUCCUACCCUUCCUCUGUAGAGGCUCUCCUAACGGCUUGUGACUUCACCAUGCGCCGCACUGGGAUUUCGGUGGAUUCCAGAGGUUGUAACUUUAUGGAAGCGCCUUUAUGCGGGUUCUACUACAGGGAACGCUUGGUGGGUGUAAUCCAGCCUUCGUUAAUGCUGCUGAACUCAACAGACUGUCACUGUAGGCCCAUUUACAGAGAAAUGGCUCCUCUCUCUUUGCAAGGUUAUUAAGCCCAAAGGAAAAUCGUCUAAUACAGUAGUUUUCCACCUCAUUGGAUCUCGAAGAUUAAUCAGUGUGUCUGUGUGUGUGGUGGCUGUGUGUGUGUGUGUGUGGUGGCUGUGUGUGUGUGUGUGUGGUGGCUGUGUGUGUGUGGUGGCUGUGUGUGUGUGUGGUGGCUGUGUGUGUGUGGGGUGGCUGUGUGUGUGUGUGGUGGCUGUGUGUGUGUGUGUGUGUGUGGUGGCUGUGUGUGUGUGUGGUGGCUGUGUGUGUGUGUGGUGGCUGUGUGUGUGGGGUGGCUGUCUGUGUGGGGUGUCUGUCUGUACAUGUGUGUCUGCGCUUCUCUCUCUCUCUCUAUAGAGUCACGUGACAGCAGGUGAUCAGUUGGUCCACAGUGCCUUCCUCCAGAGUCUGGCCUCUCUGACCGUCGGCCUUUCCCUGGAACAGUACCUAUGUCGGCCCUGCCGACCCCCCCACCACCACCACCACCCUGGCAGCCUCAGCCCCGACCACACACACUCCUGUCCCAUGGAGUGGAGCUGGCUCCAAACCUUCUCCACCACUGUGAAGAGCGCAGAGGCCAUCGCCAGGGGAACAGCGUUCCCAGAAUCCUUCACUGUCCCAGAGUUCCAGCAGGCAGGAGGCACAGAACUCACCCAGCCCCUGGUGAGCAGAAAGCAGAGUCAUACUGUAGCUUCCUCAGACUAGGAUGGUGUCUGAAAUGACACCCUAUCCCCUAUUAUUGUGUACUACGUGGAGGAUAGGGCACCUGGGAGUGUGUAGGGUUCACAUAUUGGAGAAACAGGCUAGCUGCCAGCGAAAGUGUAAAAAUAAAUACAAAAUAAAUAUAUAUAUUAUGAUAUUAUUUUUCAUUUUAUUUGUUCAACUUUCCAUACAUUUUCUGUGAUGUAUGGCAGCUCACACAGUUUGUUGAUGCUCUUCUCUUCUCCUCUCCUCUCCUCUCCUCUCCUCUCCUCUCCUCUCUUCUCCUCUCCUCUCCUCUCCUCUCCUCUCCUCUCCUCUCCUCUCCUCUCCUCUCCUCUCCUCUCCUCUCCUCUCCUCUCCUCUCCUCUUCUCUUCUCUUCUCUUCCGCAGGACAACAGUAAAUGGAGCUUCAUGAUGGAUGAACAGCUCAUGUCCUGGGCCACCACCAGACCUGAGGUAAGAUUUCUGUCUCUAAUACCAUAUCUGCAUCCCAAAUGGCACCUUAUUCCCUAUAUAGUGCACUACUUUUGAUCAGGGCCUAUAUAGGGCUCUGGUCAAAAUAAAUCCACUAUAUAGGGAAAAGGGUGCCAUUUCUGAUGCAGCCCAUAUCCCCUGAGGUAAGAUUUGUCUGUAAAACAUCCAUGAAGUGCUUUGAAAGGCUGUAUUACUGUAUUUGACAGGAUUGGCAGCAGGGAGGGAAGAGUGAGGUGUUUCUGUGGGGCAACGGGCGUCACGGACAGCUGGCAGACGCAGGGACCAACCUGAUGGUGCCUACCAUCACCCCCUCUCUGUCCCAGACACAUCAGGUAGAGUAGAGAGAGACUGUUCAUAACCCACUAAUACACCAGGGUCAUGUUCAUUACAGCACACGUAGUGAGCAUUGGUUAUUCGACUGCUCCAGAUAGUACUUUCCCUUCUUAGACUUCUGACAUUUUGAGCUCAAAGAGUCUCUGUUGUUGACCUGUGAUACUCUACUCUCUUCAGGUUGUGUGUGGGCAGAACUGUACCUUCCUGGUACAGGCCAACGGUACGGUGCUGGCUGUAGGAGAGGGUAGCUAUGGGAGACUGGGCCAGGGCAACUCUGAUGACCUCUAUACCCCCACAGUCAUCUCAGCCUUACAAGGUAACAACUUUAUCUCAGGUUGAUCCCUGACCUUUGACACCUUUGACCACUCUGUCCCCUUGUUGACCCCCCAGGCUACGUGGUGACCCAGCUGGUGACCUCUUGCGGUUCUGACGGCCACUCCCUGGCCCUGACGGAGACGGGGGAGGUGUUCAGCUGGGGUGACGGGGACUAUGGGAAGCUGGGACAUGGGAACAGUGAAAGACAGAGACGGCCCAAACAGGUGGAGGCUCUGCAGGGAGAGGAGGUGGUGCAGGUAGGACUGGAGAUGGAGCUCACCUGACAGGUCACACCUAACAUUACUGGGAAGUGAUUAUGAGUUGGCGCUAAUCUGACAACAACAAGUUAGUAAGACCGCUCAAACAGAUCUGGGACCAGCCUACUCAUCUGACAGGUCACACCUAACAUUACUGGGAAGUUAAAUUAAGUUAUAUGAAUCCCUCUUACUGUAGAUUGCAUACCCUUCAUUGUAUUUACAUGAAAUGCUUCAUUCUAAGUGGUAGGCUAGCAUGGAUAUUGGAACAGAGCCAUUGACUGACUUAUGUCUUGGUUUCAUUUAUCCUGAAUAGUUUCUCUGUCUCUGUCAUUCAUCUCUCCUUUCCUUCACACAACAGUUGGCGUGUGGGUUCAAACACUCAGCGGUGAUUACAGCAGACGGGAAGCUGUUCACCUUCGGUAGUGGAGACUCUGGUCGUCUGGGUCAAAGAUCAACGUCCAACAAGAUGCUGCCAGAGAGAGUCACAGCGCUGGAGGGAUAUCACAUUGGACAGGUAACAUCCAUCAUAUCAGACAGGUAACAUCCAUCAUAUCAGACAGGUAAGAUCCAUCAUAUCAGACAGGUAAGAUCCAUCAUAUCAGACAGGUAAGAUCCAUCAUAUCAGACAGGUAAGAUCCAUCAUAUCAGACAGGUAACAUCCAUCAUAUCAGACAGGUAACAUCCAUCAUAUCAGACAGGUAAGAUCCAUCAUAUCGGACUGGUAAAAUCCAUCAUAUCGGACUGGUAAGAUCCAUCAUAUCGGACUGGUAAGAUCCAUCAUAUCGGACUGGUAAGAUCCAUCAUAUCGGACUGGUAAGAUCCAUCAUAUCGGACAGGUAAGAUCCAUCAUAUCGGACAGGUAAGAUCCAUCAUAUCGGACAGGUAAGAUCCAUCAUAUCGGACAGGUAAGAUCCAUCAUAUCGGACAGGUAAGAUCCAUCAUAUCGGACAGGUAAGAUCCAUCAUAUCGGACAGGUAAGAUCCAUCAUAUCAGACAGGUAAGAUCCAUCAUAUCAGAGAGAUAAGAUCCAUCAUAUCAGACAGGUAAGAUCCAUCAUAUCAGAGAGAUAAGAUCCAUCAUAUCAGACAGGGAAGAUCCAUCAUAUCAGAGAGGUAAGAUCCAUCAUAUCAGACAGGUAACUUCCAUCAUAUCGGACAGGUAACUUCCAAUCAUAUCGGACAGGUAAGAUCCAGGUAAGAUCCAUCAUAUCGGACAGGUAACAUCCAGGUAAGAUCCAUCAUAUCGGACAGGUAACUUCCUUCAUAUCGGACAGGUAAAGAGCUGAUGAUAACAUGUUUGAUUGUCUGUCCUGUAAUCUGUGAUGGCCUAAGAAACAAAAGGGUUUAAAACAGGGGUCUCAAACUCAGGGCCUGGCGUAUACAUGCUGUUUAAGUCUUGCUGGUGACAUCCAAUUUCCCCCUCAUAGGAUGAAUAACCUUUAUUGAAUUCAAUCAGGCCCAUGCUCUGCUUUCUUUUGGCCCCCCAGACUAAUAUCUGAUUCCUAUUGCCAGUGGAUCUCUGAAAGCUUUGAUCAAUGGUUACCUAUAUGUUGACGAUGUCUUCCUCCCAUUGUAACAAGGUGUCCUGUGGUAUCAGCCACACCCUGGUGCUGUCGUCCGAUGGGAUGAGUGUCUGGGCCUUUGGUGACGGGGACUAUGGGAAGCUGGGGACGGGUCCCUGCACUGUCAAGUCUUAUCCUCAGGUAAGCUAACAGUGCUUCUCUCACGUUUCAACAACAUAACCUUAUUAUACGUUAUACUGUGUAGUAUUGUGGGAGUUAAUAUUCAUACUCAUCAUUUUUGACUUUGCAGAAAGUGGAGCAACUGUGCAACAAGGGAAUCAAGAAGGUUGGCUGUGGGACCCAGUUUUCUGUUGUUCUGGCCAAAGAUGGGCGUGUUUACACCUUUGGACAAGGUAAUUCAUGUAGUUUAUCAUUGGAAGCUACACAGCAGACUAGACUACAGUAGUAGGCAGACUAUUUUUUUAUUGUUAUCGACCACCAGCUUUGCUUUUUGUGGUGCUGUUGGUUCUACAGCAGCUAUAUAAUAACAGGUAUCAGUUUCCCCACCUAUUGUAAUACAUCCAUAUUAAAGUGCUCUCAAAUACAUUGAUUUUGUGGUGCUUGAGCUAGAAAUACAUUUGACAGUAUUUCCCAACCUAAUGUAAAAAUGUUAAGACCUAUUUCCUUCCUUCCUUCCUUCCUUCCUUCCUUCCUUCCUUCCUUCCUUCCUUCCUUCCUUCCUUCCUUCCUUCCUUCCUUCCUUCCUUCCUUCCUUCCUUCCUUCCUUCCUUCCUUCCUUCCUCUCCCCUCAGAGCGGUUGAUCGGCCUGCCAGACUCUCUGUUGAAGAACCACAACCGUCCCCAGGUGGUGCCAGCCCUGGAAGGGGUGUUUGUAGAGGACAUAGCUUUGGGCUGUGAGCACGUCCUGGUCCUGUCGUCUACUGGAGAUGUCUAUGCCUGGGGCUGCAACUGUGAGGGACAGGUAGUAACACAGCUUCUCUACUUAUACCACAGUAUUAGAUGACUUCUCCAUUCAUCUUUCCUCAAUUCCUUGCGUCGUCUCUCCUCGCCUCCUUCCCAAAACUCAUUUGAGAAGAAGGUCUGAGAGGAUGGAGCUUGGACCGUUUCCUCCUAUUGCGGUUGAGGAGGAGGUGAGGAGAUGAGAUGUGAGGAAUCGCGGAAAGACUGAGAUGGAGCCAUACAGUAGUGCUGCUGUAUAGGAUUCACCUCUCAUUCAGAAUGUGACUUUCCACUAAAGUCAGUCUUUGUUGCGUGUUGACCUGUGUUUCAGCUUGGCCUGGGUCAUUCCAGCCCAGUGAAGGAGCCCACCCUGGUGACAGCCCUACAGGGGAAGAACAUCAGACAGAUCUCUGUUGGUCGCUGCCACAGCUCAGCCUGGACCACGCCCUCACCCUCCGCCAAAGCCUCAGGUACACACACACUGAUGGCAUGCCUCAGCUCUAUGUGCUUGGAGACCAGUAUCUCGGCAGAUGUUAUCCACAAUGUCUCCUGGGGUUGGACAUUCAGUAGUCCACAUUCCAGGACUGUUACCCGUCUGUCCUCUUCUUCAUCUUCCAUUAACAGUGUCUCUCUUCUCCAGGUGCCUCAGCCAACCUCCAGCUGGGUCUGCCCCAGUCUGUCCCCCCCCAGUAUAACGCUCUGAAAGACUGCAGCCCUGACGUCCUCAACACCCGCCUCCGGGUGCUCCACCACUUCUCUGACCUCAUGUACAAGUCCUGGAGGCUGCUCAACCUCCACCCCAGGAACCAGGUAAUGAACAAGCUGCUCUCAACCUCACAUUAUCUCUGAUGGAUGUCAGGGGGAAUGAGUCACACAGUCUUACCUUACGUCUCAUGUCUUACCCGUUACCCGGUCUGUCUGUCACGCAUGGACACACACACACAGCUGUUUCUAUGUUUACUGUGUCUUAUCUAGAUUUAGAUGUCUUCUGUGAAGUAUAUUAAGACCUUGUGAUGAUGCACAUUAAAAACAGUUUAACCUGACUUGAUGUUUCUCUCUCUCCUCUCUCCCUGUCUCCAGGUGUCUGCAUCUCGCUACAGCUCAGGGACAGCAGCCAUCGUCCAGGGCCAGCUGAGAGGCCUCCUGUCGCCCAAAGUCAACACUCUACCACUAGUCAGAUCAAUAGGGAGGACCAUGACCCAAGGCAAGACCUACGGACCCCAGAUCACCGUCAAGAGGAUCUCCACCAGGUAAUGAAGCCUUUAAGGAUUACAGACACAUCCAUUGUUUCUGAGCAGGUGCUGGAUAUCACAAAAUGUUCAAUAAAAGGUGAAAAGAGAAUCUCUACUGCAUUCUACACUGAGUAUACAAAACAUUAGGAACACCUGCUCUUUCCAUGACAUAGACUGACCAGGUGAAUGCAGGUGAAAUCUGUGAUCCCUUAUUGAUGUCACUUGUUAAAUCCACUUCAAUCAGUGUAGAUGAAGGGGAGGAGACAGGUUAAAGAAGGAUUUUUAAGCCUUGAGACAAUUGAGACAUGGAUUGUGUAUGUGUGCCAUUCAGAGGGGGAAUGGGCAAGACAAAACAUGUAAGUGCCUUUGAAUGGGGUAUGGUAGUAGGUUUGUGUCAAGAACUGCAACGCUGCUGGAUCUUUCACGCUCAACAGUUUCCCGUGUGUAUCAAGAUGGGCCAGCAUUCCUGUGGAACGAUUUCAACACCUUGUGGAGUCCAUGCCCCGACAAAUUGAGGCAGUAAAUUAGGGCAAAAUGGGGUAUUUUUAUAGGUAAUGCCACACUAGAAAAACGAGACAUUUCAUUUAGAAGAAGAAGAAGAACUUUAUUGUCCAUUUCUUUGUGGAGAACGAGAAUUUGUAUUUUAACCUUUCAACCCGACCCCCCAAUGGCACACUCACACCCAUGCACCCUGCGGGGUUGGAAGAACAAGCAGUUAGCAGUGCAGCACUCCUGGAGCAGUUAGAAGCUUCUGCCCUUCAUGAUGAGAAAAUAACAAAAAUCUGCAUUACGCAGUGGAUGUUGAUCCCCUGGUGUUCCAUACUGAAGUUACACAGUGGAUCCUGAUCCCCUGGUGUUCCAUACUGAAGUUACACAGUGGAUCCUGAUCCCCUGGGGUUCCAUACUGAAGUUACACAGUGGAUCCUGAUCCCCUAGUGUUCCAUACUGAAGUUACACAGUGGAUCCUGAUCCCCUGGGGUUCCAUACUGAAGUUACACAGUGGAUCCUGAUCCCCUGGUGUUCCAUACUGAAGUUACACAGUGGAUCCUGAUCCCCUGGGGUUCCAUACUGAAGUUACACAGUGGAUCCUGAUCCCCUGGGGUUCCAUACUGAAGUUACACAGUGGAUCCUGAUCCCCUGGGGUUCCAUACUGAAGUUACACAGUGGAUCCUGAUCCCCUGGGGUUCCAUACUGAAGUUACACAGUGGAUCCUGAUCCCCUGGGGUUCCAUACUGAAGGUACACAGUGGAUCCUGAUCCCCUGGGGUUCCAUACUGAAGUUACACAGUGGAUCCUGAUCCCCUGGGGUUCCAUACUGAAGUUACACAGUGGAUCCUGAUCCCCUGGGGUUCCAUACUGAAGGUACACAGUGGAUCCUGAUCCCCUGGGGUUCCAUACUGAAGUUACACAGUGGAUCCUGAUCCCCUGGUGUUCCAUACUGAAGUUACACAGUGGAUCCUGAUCCCCUGGGGUUCCAUACUGAAGUUUCACAGUGGAUGUUGAUCCCCUGGUGUUCCAUACUGAAGUUACACAGUGGAUCCUGAUCCCCUGGGGUUCCAUACUGAAGUUACACAGUGGAUCCUGAUCCCUUGCGGUUCCAUACUGAAGUUACACAGUGGAUGCUGAUCCCCUUAACAUGUUAAUUGUAACAUGUUAGUUGAAGAUGAUUGACAUACAUUGCCCUUGGGGUAGCCUCCCAUGCAUUGCCCUACAAGGCUGCAUUUUAGUUGCCGAUGAUGAUUGAUUUUAGUAGUUCUCAAUGAUUAACAGUAAAAAUGCCCAUUGUCCCCCGCACCACAGGGGGCGCUCCAGCAAGCCCAUCUUUGUGCAGAUCGCCAAGCAGGUGGUCUCACUGAAUCCCCUGGAGCUGAGGCUGCCCUCCAGGGCCUGGAAGGUCAAGCUGGUUGGGGAGGGGGCUGACGACGCAGGGGGAGUAUUUGAUGACACCAUCACAGAGAUGUGUCAGGUAGGCCCUGAUUCAAGGUCAGCUUAUUUUGUACGAAGAUGCCAAUUCCAUUUCUACUCAGUAAAUUCAGAAACUUAACUGAAAUUCUAAUGUAAUUUAUUAAUGACCUUUCAUUGAGGUAUAUUGGAAUUUCAGUUCACUUUCUGAAUUCACUGAAUUGAAAUAAAAUGGAUCUCAACCCUGCUCACUGUACGUACGUGUUUGAUGUGAAAAGAUUAAUAUGGAUGUCUUGCUGCGACAUGCUCCCUUCUCAGGAGUUGCAGUCUGGUGUGGUUGAUCUGCUCAUCCACACCCCCAACAGCUCCACUGACGUGGGAAGUAACACCGACAGGUACAUCAUGAAUCACUCCUGAGACGCUCUCUGCUAUCCACAUGGUCUCAUGUUCUUUGUCUUGAUAUUCGUUUUUCAUGGUAAAGCCAUCGAUCUUACCGGCUGUGAGUUCCUUUAAAUCAAAGCUCUGCCUCCUACCAUGUGCAUAGUGAAGCAAUUGGCCUGGGACCAGUUGCAUUAAACAUCUUAAAGUUAAUUCCCACCUUAUCUUUUUCCUUAACGUUUCUGUAACUUUAAGUCAGUUGCACAAAACAUUAAGUUGAAUUUUCCCCUUUAAAGUCAAAAAGUUAAGGGUGCCUUAAGUGCUUCAUUCAGUAUGGAUAUCAAUGUAAACGGCAUUAAAUCUUGUCACGUUUUGUGGAGGUGAAUGUUGCUUUCCUCUGCCCUGGUUGCAAAAGGAAAACAUCCACCAGCUAGCUAGGUAUAUACAGUAUCUAGCUAGCUACUUAGCUAAACAAUGGAAGGUGCACAAUCCAUGGCUACAAGGCUAGCUGGCUAGCUAGCUACCUACUCUGUAAGUUAGCUGGACGUGCUAGAAAGGAAUAGAAACAAGUUGAGAAAAAAAGGUACCUAAAAGAAACGUGUUUUAUUAUCUUCUGAAUCAAUUUGUUUUUCAUGUCUUGAAUAUAGAAGUUGUAUUUUGCGAUCUCCCUAAUUUAAUGCAAUCACUUUGACGAGGGGUUCAGUCAGUGGAGGUUGUCUCCAUGGUAACCAGAGACUCUUUCUGCUGUGUAUAUGCCUUCAAACUAUUGUAAAACCCUUAAGUAUGCCCUUACCUAAGGAAAUGUUUGAGGGGCUCUAUGCAACACCCUUACAUUUUUUUUCCCUCGGGUAAGGGAAAAUGAUUCCUUAAAGGAAACACUUAAGAUGUUUUAUGCAACCAGGCCCUGUCCCUGAGAAGGUUUCUGCUUUUAAUGACGUCCUUUCAACCGGUUUUGCCCACUGGGGUCUUGUGUCUCCUGGGGUUUUAUUGGAUUAUGUGGCGUAAUGACGUCAUUUCAGGCACCUUUGCCUGCUGGGAAAGCUCCUACUAUGUGUGAAGUGAACCAAUAGGCCUUUCCUGUCUUGUUUGUCUCCUGGAGUUUUGGUUGAACAAUCUGAUUCUAAUUCCCCCUGUCAGGUUCCUGCUAAACCCAGCAGCUGUCUCCGAAGACCACAUGGUCCAGUUCCGUUUCCUAGGCAUCCUGAUGGCGGUGGCCGUCCGCACCAAGAAGCCCCUGGACCUGCAACUGGCCCCCUGGGUGUGGAAGCAGCUGUGUUGUAUCCCCCUGGGGGGGCCGGACCUGGAGGAGGUGGACCUGCUUACUUACCGCGCCCUGCACGGAAUCCUGCACCUGGACAACAGCGGCAUCACAGAGGACAACUUCCACGUGGUGAGGGAUGACGUGAUACAUACUGGGUCGUUUCCCAGACAGAGAUUAAGCCUAACUAGUUCUGGACUAAAAAGCUAUUCAUUUGCACUGGGUAUUCUCUAUUGAACAUGCUUUUUAGUCCAUGACUAUUGGCUUAAUCUGUAUCCGGGAAACCGGUUUAUAGAGAUGUAGCUAGAUACCGCUCUUUGCUUGCUUUAGCCAGUGGCAUGUUCAAACUGGCUUGCAUCUCCAUGUUUGUGCUGCAGCCAUGUACCGUGCAGGGAUGUCAUCUUUCCGGACUAUUUAGCCAUUUCUCUUUUUAAGUUUAUUUUCAUACGCCAUUAAAAUGGAUCACGUCUCUUGACUGUGUCCUGAGAGUUAUGUGUAACCCUCAUGUCCUUUCUCUCUGUCUCCAGAUGAUUCCUCUGGACUCGUUCAUGGCCCACAGUGCAGAUGGCAAGCUGGUGCCAGUGGUCCCUGGGGGGGACAACAUCUCUCUCACCUUCUCCAACAAGAGUGACUACGUAGAGAGGGCUCUGGACUACCGGCUGCACGAGAUGGACAGACAGGUAUCUCUUGUUGUUGUUGUACGCUGCUGUAUCGUCAUUGUGCUGUGUCUGUACCCGGCUGUUGUGAUGGUCACCUGUUGUGACUGUUUUUUUUGCGGGGGCUGUUGUUGUUUACCUGUAGAUAGCAGCGGUGCGAGAGGGCAUGUCCUCCAUCAUCCCGGUGCCUCUCCUCUCCCUCCUCACGGCACGGCAGCUAGAACAGCUGGUCUGCGGUCUGCCCGAGGUCUCCGUGGAGAUGCUCAAGAAAGUAGUCCGAUACCGCGACAUCACAGACAGCCACCAGCUGAUUGGCUGGCUGUGGCAGAGCCUGGAGGAGUUUGCCAAUGAGGAGCGGGUUCUCUUCCUGCGCUUCGUGUCCGGCAGGUCCAGACUGCCCUCCAACCCCGCUGACAUCACUCAGAAGUUCCAGAUCAUCAAGGUUGACAGAGUAAGUGCUUUGAGUGACAUUCAUCCCUAGCCUGGUCCCAGAUCUGUUGGUGCCGUCUUGCCAAUGACCAUAGGAGUUAGCAAGAUGACACAAACAGAUCUGGGACCAGGCUAAUUAAUCAGGCUAGUUGUAUUGUAUAUACAAUAUACAAUAUUUGGGUCAUCUGUGUACUCCACUCUGAGCCCUUUUUUCACUACUUAAUAAAAUGUGAAAACAACCCUCCUUCCCUCUUAUCCCCAGCCUGUGAACGGACUCCCCACAGCCCAGACGUGUUUCUUCCAGCUGCGUCUGCCUCCCUACACCAGCCAGGCCAUCCUGGCCGAGAGGCUGCGCUACUCCAUCCACAACUGUCCCUCCAUCGACAUGGACAACUACAUGCUGUCCCGAAACACCGACCCGGCCGACGGAUCCGACACAGAGUAUUGA